AGAGGGCGGGCCGAGCGCCCGGUCCUUGGCCGCGGCGCUUUGCUGAUCCCCGGCUCAUAACAAGCCGGGCGCGCCGGCGGAGGGAGCAGAGCGCGGCUGCAGGAGAGCAGCGGAGACCCGGAGCGGAAUAGGGCCGCCCGGGGGGGAGUGGUUGGCCGAGCGGUACAAGCCCUCCGGAGGAGGACGGCGCUUCCCUUCCGAGCGCCCCAUUUCUCCUCCUUCUUCCUGGCUUGGCCAAAAAGCAACGCGGUGGGGAAAUCAGCGGGCAGAGAGGAAGGAAAGGGAGCCGCACGUGAGGAGGGGACGCCGCGCAAGGAAAGGAAGCGCGCACGGCUUGCCGAGCCUCGGCUGCAGCCCGGCGCGAUGCUCCGCUAAGCGCAGCUUUUUUCUUGGCAAAGGGACGCCGCGAUUGCGCGCCCCCUCCGCGCUGCAGCCGCUGAUCCGGGGCAGAAACCGGAGCAAGAAGCGCUUCCUCCCAAAUUUGCAGCCGGCGCGUUGACCAUCAGCUUUUGCGGCUGCCCUUCUCGGUUGCAGGCACGCGUGCCUGCGCCUGUGUGUAUUUGGAAUAUUUUUAACUUUGCCCUGCGCUUGGAGUGCCGUCCAGCAGCUCGCGAAUAUCCCAGCCGCUUGCCAAGUUUGAUUUUGGAGCCCGGUGUUUACAGCCCGCCUCCGCCCCUCCCUCCCUCCCAGGAGGAAUAUUUUGAUGCCAGUUUCUUGAAUGAGACGCUUAAGGUCCUCUGCCUCUGAUGUUGCCUGCCUGCUAAGGAGGGAAUCCUGGACGGUGCAGAGUGCCACGCUACUGCUGUGCAGGCCAGCUGUCUCCUUAAGAGCCACCAAGCGCCUCCAGAGCGACCGUGGAUUAUUGCACCGCUGCUAAAGCAAGCCAGCCAGCAUGGGAGGCAACCUUGGCUGCCACCGCUCCAUCCCCAGAGACCCCUCGGACCUGUGCCACAGCCGCAAAUUUAGCGCGGCGUGCAACUUCAGCAACAUCCUCGUGAACCAGGAGAGGCUGAAUAUCAACACGGCCACCGAGGAGGAGCUCAUGACUCUGCCCGGGGUCACCAGGACGGUUGCGCAGAGCAUUGUGGAAUACCGGGAGUAUAUUGGGGGCUUCAAAAAGGUCGAGGACUUGGCCCUGGUGAGCGGGGUCGGAGCUGCCAAGCUGGAGCAGGUGAAGUUUGAGAUCUGCGUGAGCAGCAAAGGGAGCUCGGCCCAGCACUCGCCCAGCUCCUUGCGCAAGGACCAGAACCUCGACCACCUUUCAGCUGCGAAGAUCAAUAUCAACACGGCCACCCCUGCCCAGCUCAUGAGCAUCCGUGGCGUCACGGAAAAAAUAGCCAACAGCAUUGUCGAGUACCGCCGAGAGCACGGGCCCUUCAAGAACAUUGAGGACAUGGUCAAGAUGGACUGCAUCAACUCUUCGUUCUUGGACAAAAUCCGGCACCAGAUAUUUGCCGAGCGCUCAAGGCCUCCUUCUACGAAUACCAAUGGCGGCCUCAACUUCAUGGUCAAGCCUCACCCGAGCCCCACCUCGCUGAGCCUCCAGAGCGAGGACUUGGAUUUCCCUCCUGGAGGACCCACGCAGAUUAUCUCUACGCGGCCCACCGUGGAGAUGUUUGGUGGGGUGCGGGAUGGGAAGCCUGUGCUGAGGCUGGCCACCUGGAAUCUGCAGAGCUGCUCUGUUGAAAAAGCCAACAAUCCCGGCGUGCGAGAGGUCGUGUGCAUGACGCUGCUGGAGAACAGGUAUGGGACCUCUUGUGCAGUACCUGCGGGGAGUUAUCCUUCGCUUGUUUGUUUCAUGCUUCCCUUGGCUUUGUGAUGACUUCCUGGUUCAAGCCAGGAAUGGGGGACCUUUUGGCCUUCCCGAUGUUACCGGACUGCAGCUCCCAUCAGUCCUGACAGUUAGCCAUGCUGGCCAGGCCUGAUGGGAGCUGGAGUCCAGCAAUAUCUGGAGAGCAGCAGGUUCCCCACCGCUGCUUUCAAACAAAAUAUGAUGGGACAAACUGAACUCAACUGUUCCCUGUUUAUCUGUAAGCCCAUAGCUAAUCCUGUCAACCUUUGCCUAUAGGCCCAAAAUAAUGCCCCUUGGAGAUAUUCAGAGAUGCUAUGUAUGCUCCAUCCUGAUGCCACAGCCUGCCAUUUGAACCUUUCUGUGUAACUGCUGUUGAGAUAUGUUCAGAAACUGACUCAUCUGGGCCAGUGUCCCAUGAAUGGCAACUGAGAACAGUAUACAUAAGUAGGAAUAUUUCCACGCUCCCCAUUCUGUUACUUCUCUCUUAGCAGAUGUGUGCAUUUAAGCCUGAAUCUGCUCCAAUUCCUUAACAAUUUUUUUAAAGCAAAAGGUGGGUGGAUGGAGCCAAAAUCAGAGGGGGCAUAAUUCUCAUUCUCCUGUCCGCAAUUUCCUCCUUGCUGUCUUGUCUCCUGAUGUCUCUUUUCCCAUUACUGAAAGUGAGCUUGGUUGUGCGGCAAAAACACUUGAGGUGUGUAGGGUUUUUCUUCCCCUUCACCCCAUUUCCCCCCUUUACUCUCAUCUGGAUCCCCUGCUGUCUGUUUUCUGUGUGGCUUGGCUAGAUCCGGGAUCAAACAUGCAGAUCUGCAGCCAGCUUCUCAUGAAGUUUGAACCUGAGAUUUUGGAGGUCUUGGGCAUAUCACAUGGACUUGGGAGUCCCAAAAUAUGAGAGCUACCAUGCAGAGGCCACUGAAAAGUAUGCACUCAUGUAUGUGUUCACAACGUGUGGAUAACAUCUUGUGUGCUGGCUCACCCAUUUGACCUGUUAACAUGCCAGCAUUCUGCAGCCAGGUAGUGUCCACACUGAUCUCAAAUUGCAUUUGUGUUCGUUGUUGUGUGUACAACACAGGUAAGUGCCCUCUCAGGACCUUUACAUGGAAGCAUUUGUGUUUAAAUCAGUCUUAAGGCUAAUGAAUGAGGGAGGUGGGCCUCUGGACAAUGAGAAUUUCUUGUCAAAUUUAAAUUGCCCUGGCAGUCUACUAGUCCAUGUGUUUCAGUCAAGGCAAGCUCCAGGGCAAGGAUUUGGUUGUCUGGUCAAGAGUUUUGAAUAGUCAUUAGGAACAAGAAGUGAGUACUUUAUUGCUGCAACUUCUUGUGCUUAGCAGUUUCUUUAGAAAAAGGCACCGUGAGCAAGAAUUUGUGUAUAUAUACGUUGCCAUGGCAAGCAUUGCUUGAAAACCGUGCUGUGUUCAUCGGAGGUUCAGCGAGAAGUGACCUCAUUAUUUUGAAACUGAAGUAAUGCUGCGUGUCAAACCCCAUUUUCUCUUUCUGUUCUUUCGUGGAAAAAUAGCCUCUCUCUCUCUUCAGAAAAGCUUGAUUUGAUAAAGUUGCCUUGGUUCCUAGAUGGGGAAAGUACACAUAAAAGACUUAAAGGGGUAUUUUUCGUAGGAGUGAUUUCAGACCUGUGAUUUACUGUAUUUUUGCCAAAGAACUUUUCCCCCCAGCCUGCACUGCAAUCUGAACUUGAGUAACGGCCAUUGUUCACAUGUCCGCAGUGCAGAGCUGAAACUCUGCAUUUGGUAUAUACCAUAUUGCGGUACGUUUUGUUUUCCCACAAGCAGAAGCAUGCUGGAGCGCUGAGAAGCUUCUGUGGUUGGACCAAAAAGAAGGAAUGAGCAAUUUGUGUUUACAGCAGUGAAUCUUGUGCUGCAAUCUUCCUCCCUUGCAACACAGGGCCGUGAGUGAUCAAAAAUGUACACAUAGCAGUCCUUGCCUUGAAAACUUUCAGGGAAGCAGAAGAACACACCCCUUUUCAAAAGUUCCUGGUCUGGGUCGCAAGCAGGUUCGGACAGUCUCAUGCACAGGAUUCAGAAGUUUCAAUUACAUAUCAUCACCCAAUAACAAAGGGAUUGGCAGCUGCAAGAACUUAUUUUGUGAUCUUCAGGUUGCAAUCAGGUGGCCCUGGGAGAGUGUCCCGGGGCCUAUAGUAGAAACAUUAUAGAAACAUUAGAUGCUACUUUAAAAUGAGUUAGGCCAUUGUUCCGUAUAGAUCAGCAUUGUCCAUGUUAACUGUCAACAACUCUCUAGGGUUUCAGAUGGAAGUCCUGGCAAAUUGUGUCUUGUUUUUUAAGCCACAAAACGGACAGAGGAGUGCAAGAACACUCUGCACCCUGCCUUUGACAGCCCUGCUGGGAUUUCGAUAAACAGUUUCAACUGCUUGUGGGUUUCCCACACCUUAGGAAAGCAGCCUUAAUGGAGGGAAAGAUUAGACCAGCUACUCUUGAAUUUAUUGUGCUCGAAUAGCCUCAUUGUCGGUUACAGACAAAUAUGACUAGCCUUUUGCAUUUUGCCAGGUAGCAGAGUUCAUACACUUUUUUUGGAAGUAGGUCCCACUGGGUUUAAUGGAGUUGACUCCCAAGUAAAUGUGCCUAGGAACAGAAGUGUUGAUCAUGUUGCUCAACCGUCAUGUUGUACAGCCCUUCCCAUACUGUACUGUGUCAAGUGAAAGGAAAUUGCCCCACCCCAUGAAAAAGAUCCAAAUCUAGCAUGUCAGGGAACAAGACAAGCCAGAACUGUUCUCCCUGACAUGCUGGCUUUCUGUGAGCAGGGAAACAUGACAUGAGGGAAGCAUCUGAAACAUGCCCUUUCACUUUUAGAUGGAAGGGUCUGGGCACAACGGGGCACCUUGAUCCAUUUAAUUAAGGACAUCAACUUUCAUGGGGAGAGAGAACAUGACCUAUAAGAAGUUUCACCCUAGCCUCUGAUCAUUGUUACUGGCAGAGCCAGCCCACCUAUGAGGCAAGGUGAAGCAAAUACCUCAGGCAGAAGGAUCCACAGGGGCAGCAGACCCCAAUGUAGAUAUUUACUCCCUCCUAGUUCAUGAGGUAGGUCUUCCCUCACCCCAUCUUCCCUGGCAAGGAGGGAGGUGCCAUUUUGUGGAUUGCCUCAGAUGCCAAAAUGUCUUGGGCUGGCCCUAGUAACUUGGGGCGAAAUUGUUCUUCAACGUUGAGAAUCUCUUUACUUUUUUUCUCUCCUUACUGGACCUGCUCCUUUGCCACCCACAGCAUCCUGAUGUGCAGAAAUUUCAGUAGGUGCAGCUUUUCUGGGCAUGAGGGAAGACAAACACAAGGGAUCUUUGAUCCCCUCGGCCCAAACACACGCACCUUUCCUGCAAACCCCAACGAACAUAAUGGUAAUAUUUAACCCACGGUUCUGCUUCGACGUCUAUCGUUUUCUUGCAACAGCUGGCGCUUAUUGCUAAUGCAUAUUUGAUACAGUUAUUCUUAGGUUCAGGAAGCAAGCUGCCCCUCAAGGCGUUUGCUCUGUUUUACAAUAUGCUACCUUUAGAUGAGUUUGCUUGAAUCCUGCAUCUCCCUGGGCUGGUUUGGUGCCUUGCUCCUGAGCAGGGAAAACAAAACAUGCACCACCAUUUACUCUCCUGGGGCUGAAAGGAAUCCUUCGUUUUUCUGAACAGCCCGCAGAAGGGUUUGGUUGUCUUCCCGUGACGCAGAGCAUCCUUCUCCAAGCCGGUGCCCUCCAAAGGCUUUGGACUGCAACUCCCGUCAGCCAGCACAGCCGCUGCAAUCCCAAACAUCUGGAGGCGACCGGCUUGGCGAAGGCUGAUAAAUUGUUUAAUCCUCUUACGCUCAAUGUUCUCCGCCACAUCAAUUGUGUUAAUCCUUCUCAAAAGCUUCUUCUAUCCUAUGAAUGAAUAUGCCAGCUUCUCACAGACAGCACGGUCUUCUCCUCCCCCAUUUUUUGAAAUGGAUCAUUUCCCUCUGUUUUAAAUGGUGGGUUCCUAACUCCCCCCUUUUCAUUUUUUGGUAGCAGCAGUAUUUAACACUUAGUCCGUGGUGGGGUUAUUGAGGCGGCAGUUGGCAAGGUUGUCUAUUGACCUGCAGUAAACCUUUGAAUCUCUCUUCCUGAGCUUUCUGAUUUUUCCAUUCUGAAGAUGAGCGUGGCAUUCGUCUUUGACUGUGAACAGCAUCUUCUUUCUUCUUUCUUCAAAAAGAUCGUGGUGGGUGUCUUUUGCAUUUGUAGUUUGUUUGAUUGUUUGUUUGUUUGUUUGUUUGUUUGUUUUAAAAAAGGAAAGCACUUCCACCCUUCCCUUCUACCCCUAUUUCUCUCAUAUUGGAUUUGGAACAGAGACUGGCUUGUCGAAAAGUGAUGGUGAGCCAUUUGACUAGUGGAUCAGAAGCGUUCCCAUAACCAUGCGGUCGAUUGUUCUACAAGUGAUAUUCCUAAGGGCAUAUUUCAACACAUAUAUAAAGCUGCUUGGAUGAUUUUUGGCUUCCUCUAAAGAACAACAAGCACUGGCAGUUUUGUGCAAGGACCAAAAAGUCUUGGGCUGUAUACACACGCCUUACAUUUAAAGCAUGCAACUUCCCCCAAAUAACCUUGGGAACUGUAGUUUUUAAAGGGGUGCUGGGAAUUGUAGCUCUCUGGCGGGAAGACUACAGUUCCCAGGGUUCUUUGGGGGAGAUCACGUGCUUUAUAUGUUUGGUGUGUGUGCAGCCACAGAUUCAAGCCUCUUUAUAAAACCACACUCCCCAGUCCCGUGUUCCAAGCCAUGACAACAAGGCAAAUUUCAAACUGGUUUUAAAAUGUGUAUUGUAGGCAUUGCCUUAAGCUGUGAUAGGAAAAAGCUGCACCCUUUGUCCCUCCUUGGGGGUUAGUAUUGACCCCCCUCUCCCUUUUCAAAAAGGGCUCCCUCAUUUGUGCAAAUAAAUGUGCUGUAUGUGUGGUUGGUAAUGAGACUUUUGCUUUUUGCUUUUAUUUUAUUUUAUUGCUGGUGUUCCUUGUGUUGGGCAUACAGUGGUACCUCGGGUUACAUAUGCUUCAGGUUACAGACGCUUCAGGUUACAGACUCUAACCCAGAAAUAGUGCUUCAGGUUAAGAACUUUGCUUCAGGAUGAGAACAGAAAUUGCGCUCCGGCGGCGCAGCGGCAGCAGGAGGCCCCAUUAGCUAAAGUGGUGCUUCAGGUUAAGAACAGUUUCAGGUUAAGUACAGACCUCCAGAACAAAUUAAGUACUUAACCCGAGGUACCACUGUAUUUCUAAUGUGUGCUGUCUUCCCCAUGCCUAUAUCUUUUGGGCUUCAAAAUGACACGCCCAGUGGGUAGGAUCUCAUCGCGACACCAGAUUGCAAUAGAUUUCCUGCGGGAGAUAAAUGAACAAGUUGCUCCAUGCAAGGAUUCCUGUCACAAAAUGCACAGGGAGAGAUCUAGGCAGGGCUGUGGGCAGCCUGAGAUUAAGAAAAAAAUGUUGAAAACUAAAGAAUAAUUAAAACGCUGUUCCCAGAAAAGCUGAAUUCUGCAAAGCUUUACGCUUUGUGAGUGGCAGUCGUCUUACUCAGAAGGCCUGGGACUGCUAGUUUUAUUUGAAGCUGAGAGGAAGCUGCGUACAUAGUCCGCCCACACAUCCCAAACUUCCCUUGGCAAAUAUCAUGCCUAGAAACCUGUCUAGCCUCCAAGUCUUGGGCUAAUGAACAUUCUCAGCCAAUGGAGGGCUGCUUUCAGAGCACCUCUUUCCUCCUAGCUCUGCUAGGAGUGAUGUUCAUGCAUUAGGACCGAUACCAUUCUGCUGCUAAUCCAACAAUAUACAUGUCUGAAAGCACCAACAAAGACUGUGUGCUUCUGUUAGUUUAUUUUUGUAUGCUCAGCUCUUGGUGGCUUGGCAGAGUGGUAAGGUGUGUCUGUUUUGUUCCUUAUCUCUUCCUUUAUCUCCUUGUAUAUUUUCCUGUACCCAUUCUAAUAAUACUCUGGAGUACAUCCAAGACAAACUCGGCUGUAAUAAAAGAGCAGGAAAAAGCACAGCCCUAAUAACAUGAGCACACACAGAAAUCAUUAGCUCCAAAAGCAUGCAAUAAAAAAAAAUAUACUCUUGUUUUAGCAUUUUUCAAGUCUAAGCUCCGAAAAUCUAAAAUAAUAACAAUGUUAUUAUUUGUACCCCACGCAUCUGAUUGGGUUGUCCCAGCCACUCUGGGAGGCUGACUGUGUUUAAACAACUUGUAGAGAGGAAAUCUGAGGCCUUUAUGCACUUAGAAGCUGCGCUGCAGGUGGGAACCCUGAUAAACUGGAAACGCAAACACUUAGACUAACCCUUCAGAUUUCCCUGUGUCAAAACACAGAAUCAUGCUGUACUCAGAAUACAUUCCGCAAAUGUAAGCUUGGAAGAGGAGAAGAACUGCAUGCAACCUUAGACUUGCUUUCCACAAUCUUUAAGAAUUCAGCUUGUCAAAGAAUCCGAAAACUUUGGACAAGGAGUGUCAGAGGGCAAAUAAUUGUUGUUGUUUGUAGUGGCAAAGUAGUCAUGGGAGCAUAGGAGCCGACUCCUAGGGGCUGGGGGGGCUUUAGCCAACGCAAUAAAAUACUUGGGGGGCCGGCACCCCCCAAGUUGAUGGGCAUCGCCAUUCAAAUGGUCAUGUGAUUGAUUAUGCUGGGCGGGGCUUACCUGGGGCCCCACAAUAUUUCGUUCAAGUUGGCAACCCUGAAUGAGAGACUGGAGGAAAAAUCUGUGCUGGGAAAUAUAAAACUUGGGUAACUAACCAGUGGAAUCUGCCUUGCAAUUUGAUAAAAAGUUCUCUACAUUUCCAAAUUUCUCUCUCACCCUUAGCACUAAUGACCUGCUGAUUUAGCACAGAGUGUCUGAGAUUCUUGGGAUGCUAUAUUGAAGUGGUCCAUGCACCUUGGAAAGCUAGAGUAUGGCUUAUUGUGACUGAGCAAGCAGAGAAGAGCCUGUAGCUUCUCUGUUCCUUCCUCUCUGGGCUUUUUCGCUCAGUGCAGGGCAACUUACGUCUUCGAAACUCAGGCUUCUGGUUAAGAUCUCUCUGCUUUAACGAUGAACUGGGACCAGGACAAACGAUCCUAGGUUUGUCUGCCUACCCUGUGCAAAAGGGACCAGCGAGGAGCAAUGCUGCUGCCAUCUCCUCUGGAGCCAGCAGGGUUUGCCCUGUCGUGGUGGGCAGAAGCAGCCAAUUCUGUGCCAGAUGCCCCAGCACCUAAGCUUGCAUAGCAGAGCUUCUGUUCAACGUACUCUUGUGGGAAGGGCUGUGGCUCAGUGGUAGUGAAAUAUACUCGGAGUCGAGUUCAUGUUCUUUAUCCAGCUCAUAGUAGUGAGGAGGAAUGGAAGUUCCCAUGAAAUGUCUGCUUUAUAUACAUUAUUUACACAAUGGGCCCCACAUGAUUGGCUAAUUCUGGGAUUCUCCUGUAGGCCAAUCAGGUUGCGGAUUCCCUUCCACCUGGAGUUGGAUUGGGUGGCUCCUGCGGACCAAUCAGACUGCUGCAUUCUGGAUCCUGUUGUUCUAGGACCAAUCAGACUGCUGCAUUCUGAAACCUAUUGUUCUAGGACCAAUUAGACUGCUGCAUUCUGAAUCCUAUUGUUCUAGGACCAAUCAGACUGCUGCAAUUUGGAUCAUAUUCAUCUCAGUAAAUAACAGGUAGAAUACCUGCUUGGCAUGCAGAAGGCUCAACCCUUUACAUCUUCCUGUAGGACUGGGGAAGACCCCUGUGUCUCAAAACUCUGGAGGGCCACUACCAGUCCGGGUGUAAACAACGCUGAUGGAUCAAUGGUCUGACUUCAUUGUAAGGCAACUUCCCAUGUUCUUAUGGAUUAUUCAGGAUGCAGCACUAAACACCGUGAUCUGGCCCUAACUUUGGUUGAGCUCAGUUACAUAAGAGUAGACAUGUGCAGGAUUGUGCUUCAUGCGUUGUAGAAACUUUGUGGCAUUGUCAACCAGCAGUACAGGGUUGCUUUCCCUUUUCCUAAGGCUUGUGGUUUGCUUUGCAAAAAUUCAAGCAUUUCCUUCUCCCCCCUUUCUCUUCUGCAUUGCAGUCUUGGCAUCUCCCGUUCAUUGGGAGACUUUAAGAACAAAGCAUGUUGUUGUCAAGCUGGUCUUGCUUUCUGCUAGGCUACUUCUCCGUGUUUAGAGGAAUAAUCUCUUUAGGAACACGGAGGACGGGGGGAAUUUAGCUCAGACAUUGUGCUAUGGGGAAAUGCUUUGCAACGUCGACCUGUUCCAGAGAACAGUCGUCUGACUCAGAACUAGCAUGUCUUUAACAAAGGCUGCAUGCAUACGAACACAUCUGUAGCUCAAAAAGGAAAGAACGUCAAGGAGAGAAUGGUUUCUGGUCCUCAUUUGGUUCUGAGUCCUGGGAAGGAGCUCUUGUCCUGAGAGGAAAGGAUGAAAAAUCAACAAAAUAAAGCAAACCAGUUUGAAGUAAUAAUAAUAAUAAUAAUAAUAAUAAUAAUAAUAAUAAUAAUUUAUUUAUACCCUGCCCAUCUGGCUGGGCUUCCCCAGCCACUUUGGGCGGCUUUCAACAAAAUAUUAAAAUACCGUAAUACAUCAAACAUUAAAAGCUUCCCUAAACAGGGUUGCCUUCAGAUGUCUUCUAAAGGUUUGGUAGUUGUUUUUCUCUUUGACAUCUGGUGGGAGGGCGUUCCACAGGGCGGGUGCCACUACCGAGAAGGCCCUCUGCCUGGUUCCCUGUAACUUGGCUUCUCGCAGUGAGGGAACCGCCAGAAGGCCCUCGGCGCUGGACGAGUGAGUUAACCAGUUUCCAAACGCUCCUUGUCGUUCUGAACCAAUCCUGCUUUCAGGCCCUCAGAAGAUCGGGUUGGGCACGGUCCGCUGUGGGAAGGGUCUGGCUUCUAUAUGCCAGGGGUUUGGCUGCUGAUAACCGCCUAUGGCUACCCUGAAAGGAGCAGGAGCUGCUCAGAAGCACACAUUGCAUCCUCUAAGGCAGGGGUCAGCAACCUAAGGCCCAUGGGCCACAAGCGCCCCACGGGGGUCGUUUAACCGGCCCAGGAGCCGCCCCCCGAACCGAGCUGCCCGCUUGGCGAGUCCCUGCGCACUGUGCUAAACCGGCACAGUGCAAGGACUCACUUCCGCAGCACCGGAAAUCGUGUCUCCGCAUGUGCUGAUGUCGAAAAUUACGUCUGUGCAAAGGCCGACGCUGGAAAUCACGGGCGCGCACACAGUCCGGUCCAUGGAGGGAUCUCCGCUGGAGUGAACCGGCCCAGGCGAGGUAAACCUUGCCGCCCCCUGCUCUAAGGCAGUGGUGUCUGUGCCUGGCAAAUGGACAGCUCUGUCUCAAGACAUAUGUAGCCCACGUUAAACCAGUUGUCCACAAAGUGCAUUUUUGCAGGUUGACAAAGGCGCAACAGAGAGAAUCUUCCAUCGGUGGGCGAACCUCUGGUGCAAGGCUUGAAUGCAUUGUUUGUCACAGUUGGAGAUGAAGACUGGGCUCAAAACGUAACCCUUUUUCUGUGAAGGAUUUGAAGGAAGAGAGAGAUGCGGCUGUGCUGGUGGCUUGGGAGGGAGUUCAAGGCUUGAGAAACGACGAGAGAGAAUGUGUUGAAACACUGGCAAGAGCGGGACACUUUGGUGUGGCAGGCCUACACCUGGAAACAAGAGCAGAAGACGUAAGGAUACAGAGCACUUUAGAAGUAAGGAAUAGUCCCAAAGUGCAGGUUGUAUCAUCUAAACCUCAAUUGUUACACAGAUCUGAUUUUCAUCUGCUCUUUACUCACUCUUUUUUCUCUGUUCUGCAAUGGGUAGUCACAGCACGCUUGCAGAACACCAUGUAAGGCUGUGAGGACAGCUUGAGGAGGCUUUUAACAGAAUGACCGUUGCUGGAAAUGAAACACAGUUGUAGUGAAAAAUAGAUUUUUCAUGCUUCAUGUUUCCCUAAUGACUGUUUCUGUAAAAUACAGUGUUUAUUUUGUCGUAAAGCAGUCUGCCCUUUUGCAAGUAUUCCAAUUACUGUAAGAAGAUUGCACAUACAGAGCUUUCUUUAAAAUACUCUCUCUCUCUGCCCUUGGUUAUUCUUCUGACCUCUUCCUGUUUGAUCUUAAUAAAGCAUUUAAUUUGUGGUUCUCCUUCACUUGUAUGAAGUUCAACUCCUCAUGUGUUGUUUCAUAUGGCGGCACAAUUAUUAUUAUUAUUUUUAAAGAAACUGGGCAAUUCUAUUUGUAAGGUCACAUAGAUGAAGGAUCUUCCUUUUCUCUUGGGCUCUGCUCUUCCCUCCUUCAAGAUGCAGGAUGUAUUCUUUGUUGCCUUGGGGAUAGAAUUACCUGCUCUCUUAAGAUCCAAUGACUUUAGUGAAGGCAAACAUCUCUGAAUAGUCCCUUUGUAAAAGGAGAAGCUUGUAGGAAGCACCCUGUUCUCUGUUUACUAUUAACAGGACUUAGGCAUUCAAUCCUAAGGGAAGUGUUCAUUGUAUCACAGCCUGACAGCAGAAUCGAGUGCAAGGUUUCUUCAGAAGUCAGUCCCAGCUGAGGCGCCCUCCCAGGAACAAGUGCCUAGGAUUGCAGAUUACAGUGUAAAGUCAGGGCAGAAGUCAGUUCCAUGGGGCCUUAUUCACAGAUCAGUGUGAAUAGGAUUGCUGCCUUAUAGAGGUUUUUUUAAGAGUUCAAGAAGAAUCCUGCUGGAUCAAGCCAAAGUUUCAUCCAGCCAACCAUCCGGCCCUCAUAGUAGCUAACCAGAUGCCCACAAGCAAAACCAGACAAUAGCAGCACUGAGUUGUUAUCGAUAGUAUCUCUUAGCGCAGGGGUCAGCAAACUUUUUCAGCAGGGGGCCGGUCCACUGUCCCUCAGACCUUGUGGGGGGCCGGACUAUAUUUUUUUGGGGGAAAUGAACAAAUUCCUGUGCACCACAAAUAACCCAGAGAUGCAUUUUAAAUAAAAGCACACAUUCUACUCAUGUAAAAACACGCUGAUUCCCGGACCAUCCAUGGGCCAGAUUUAGAAGGCGAUUGGGCCGGAUCGAGCCCCUGGGCCUUAGUUUGCCUAUGCAUGAUUUACUGGGAAGAAACUCCAAUGAAAAUCCCCGUUAUUACGUAUGUUACAUGGCUGCUUAUCUGUAUAUAUUUUAAAAUUAUAUAUAUAUGGGUUUUUUAUGGUGGCCUAUAUUUGUAAUGGGACGCGGGUGGCGCUGUGGUCUAAACCACUGAGCCUAGGGCUUGCCGAUCAGUAGGUCGGCGGUUUGAAUCCCCACGACGGGGUGAGCUCCUGUUGUUCAGUCCCUGCUCCUGCCCACAUAGCAGUUCAAAAGCACAUCAAAGUGCAAUUAGAUAAAUAGGUACCACUUUGGCAGGAAGGUAAAUGGUGUUUCCGUGCGCUGCUCUGGUUUUGCCAGAAGUGGCGUAGUCAUGCUGGCCACAUCACCCAGAAAAAACUGUCUGCGGACAAACGUCGGCUCCCUCGGCCAGUAAAGCGAGAUGAGCACCACAACCCCAGAGUCAUCUGCGACUUAACUAAACUGUCAGGGGUCCUUUACCUUUAGUUAUACAGUGGAACUUCGGGUUACGGCAGGGAUCCGUUCUGGAGGGCCCACCACAACCUGAAAAUGACGCACAACAAAGUGCAUGACCGCAUAUGCGCAAAGUGCAAUUAACACUUCUGCGCAUGUGCGAACGGCAAACCCGGAAGUAACCUGUUCCAGUACUUCUGGGUUUGCCGCUGACGUUCGCCCAAGCGGACGCAAGCAGAGGCAGACGCAGAACGAGGUUUGACUGUAUUUGUAAUGCCUAAUAAAGGUUUGGCAAAGUAAGUUGUCGCCCUCUCAGCAUUUACGAUUCUCAGCUUCUGAGAUACAGAGGCACAGUGCCUCCAACAGUGUGUGGUAGAGCCUAGCUACCGUGCCUUAGCUUGAUAGCCUUCGUCUCCAUGAAUUUCUCUCCUUUAAAAGUUGGCAGCCUUUGCUAUAUCUAAUUAGAGGGAGUUCCAUCCUUUAGCUACGUGCUGUGUGAGUGAGUCCUUUCUUUUUGCCUGUCCCGAAUCUUCCAAUGUCCAUGUGUUGAGAUUCCUGCGUUGCAGGGGGGUUGGACUAGAUGGCCUUUGGGGUCCCUUCCAGAUUUACAAUUCUGUGAUCCUGUGAUUCAUUUGAUGGUCUUGAUUCUAAUGUUGUGAGAGGAAGAAUGUAUCCACCCUCUCCACACUAUGCAUAUUUUAUCCACCUCCAGCAUUCUCCCUUUUUUUCUGCACUAAAAAACCUCAAAUGCAGUAACCUUCUCUCAUCCAGCUGCUUGGUCCUGUUGGUUGCCCUUUUCUGACCCUUUUCCAGCUUUUCAGUAUCUCUUUUGAGGUGAGGCGACCAGAACGGUACAGUAUUCCAAGUGCUGUCUUGAGUCUCCCCAUUUGCAUAAUAGCAUUAUGAUAUCGGCAGCUUUCAUUAAAGCUUAGAUCAGGCUUGGUUUUACUGAGUGCAGUUGAUAAAUAAAGUAUAAAAUAAUAAAAAAAGUGUUUCCCUAUUGCAGAAUAAUUCCAAGGCAUCUCAUCUGUUGAUUCUUGAAAAGAGAGUUAAACGGAUUGCUUGUGAACAGCCGCUGGCUAAAAAUGAUGAUUUUGCUACAAAAUGGUGUUCCAGGUGCUUCUGUGAGCUGUACUUUAUAUGUAAAUGGAAUGGGAAGCUUAUAAUGAUUCACUCGUUGAAGAAGAAAAAACGAGUCUAUUAAAUCUGCAGCUGAGUAGAUCGCUCUGAAAUAUUGUCAUAGUAAGGCUUCUUUCUCCCCCUUUCAUCACAUGCCUGCGAUUGCCAAAUACACGCUCAGUUUUGCGCUCUCCUCUCGCCUGGUUGGGUCUGUUCCAGGAUUUCCCACAGUCAUUCCUGGUCAUUGACCUCAGCAGGGCUGGCUUAGUGUGCUCAUUCUGAACUUGAAGAGGCUUGUCAUCAUACAUGCAGCAAUUGCUGAUGUGGAAAAACUUCUAUAUCACGGGACUUUUCUUUUUUUUUACAGGAACAAACCCAUCCCUGUUGUGAUGGUGACUACUGUUCCUUUGCAACAGAGAAAUCUACCCCAUUUUUAAUGUGAAAUAAUUGUUGCAUUAGACAGAAGCUAUUGUUCCUUUCUGAUGAAGGGAAGUAACAGUGCCACUCUAUUCUGCCUUGUUCAGACCACACCUGGAAUCCUGUGUCCAGUUCUGGGCGGCAAUUUAAGAAGGCUGUUGACAAGCUGGAACGUGUGCUGAGGAGGGCAACCAAGAUGAUCAAGGGUCUGGAAACCAGGCCCUUGUGAGGAAUAGUUGAGGGAGUUGGGUACGUUUAGCCAGGUAAAGAAGUGGCUGAGAGGAGAUAGGAUUGUUGUUGUUUAGUCGUUUCCGACUCUUUGUGACCCCAUGGACCAGAGCACGCCAGGCACUCCUGUCUCCCACUGCCUCCCGCAGUUUGGUCAAACUCAUGUUGGUAGCGUUGAGGACACUGUCCUACCAUCUUGUCCUCUGUCGUCCCCUUCUCCUUGUGCCCUCCAUCUUUCCCAACAUCAGGGUCUUUUCCAGGGAGUCUUCUCAUGAGGUGGCCAAAGUAUUGGAGCCUCAGCUUCAGGUUCUGUUCUUCCAGUGAGCACUCAGGGCUGAUUUCCUUAAGAAUGGAUAGGUUUGAUCUUCUUGCAGUGCAUGGGACUCUCAAGAGUCUCCUCCAGCACCAUAAUUCAAAAGCAUCAAUUCUUUGGCGAUCAGCCUUCUUUAUGGAGAUAGGAUAGCCAUCUUCAAAUAUCUAAAGAGCUGACACAUGCAAGACGGAGCAAGGUUGUUUUCUCCUGCUCUGGAGAGCUUGACUUGAACCAAUGGCUUCAAGUUACAAGAAAGGAGAUUUCGACUAAGCAUCAGGGGGAACCUUCUGGCAGUAAGAGCUGGUCAACAGUGGAACGGUCUCCCUCGGGUGUUUGGGGACUCACGAUGGCCUCUGUCAUGGAUGCUUUAGUUUAGGGUUACCAGACGUCCCCGGUUCCCGGGGACAGUCCCUGGAUUUGCAAAUCUGUCCCUGGACAAAUUCCGUCCCCAGAUUUGCAAAUCUGUUCCCGGGAAACGUGGCAGCGGCAGCCUCAGCAGCACAGAGCCAGCCUGGUAGCGCAGUUGGCUCUGGCUGGCUUCAGGAGCUGCUCGCUGCCACUGCCACUGCCAAAGUGGAACUGGGGACGUCCAGCAGUACAGAUCUCCUGCCCCCUCCCCCUUUUGUUUUGACAGUUUGGGGGAGGCUUGGGAGUUGUGGGCGGGCGGCUGUUGCCCAGGAGGGGCGCAAGGUGCGCGGUUUCUCUGUCGGGCAAGGUGCAAAGCCCUUCUUUUGCACCCUGUGAAACAAAAACUGGGCAACAGCCACCCACCCGCGACUCCCAAACCUCCCCCAAUCUGUCAAAACAAAGGGUGAGGGGGCAGGAGAUUGGGGGAGGCUCGGGAGUCAUGGGCAGGUGGCGCACAGUUGCACAGUUUCUUAAAACUCUGUGCAUUUAUGUUUCGCAGGGUGCGAAAGAAGGGCUUCGCACCUUUAUACAAUACUCAUGUGUGCUUGGGCCCAGGGUCUUUUGCCUCACCAUCCGCACUACUGACUCCCUGUUGCUACUCAGCUUCAAAAAAGAAAAAAAAGAAAAAAAUGUCCCCGGAUUCAUUGAAAAAAAUCUGGUAACCAUACUUUAGUUUAAAUUCUUGCAUUGCAGGGGGUUGGACUAGAAGACCCCCGGGGUCAAUUCCAACACUAUGAUAAUCUGUUUUGAACAUUGGAAGAGCCUGUUCAGCUUCAAUUAAUACUUAAAAAAAAUAAUUUAGCCUCUUAUGCUGAAACCCAAACAUUUCACUGCUGUAAUUUAUCAGUAGUGACUAUAACCACACGCUGGAAAAAAUGAUCAACCCUUGGCAAGGCAACUGCUUGAAUUUUAAACAGGGAAGCGGCAGCAAUUGCAUUCCACUUGGGCAGUUAUGGUGUCAUCAGCCUGUAAUGCAGGUGUGAAAAUGUAUAUGCUGGGGACAUACAGGAGGAGGAUGCAGUUAGAGAUGACGAAGCAUUAUUUUCAUAAGCAGCCUGUGGGUUGCUAUGGAAUAGACCUGCCAACCUUAGCAGUGAAAAGUAAUGUUUAACAUACUUAAGGUCUUGCUGUUCAAAUGAGUGCAAGGCACCUAACCUGUUUCUCUAGAUUCAUGGGCAUGCCAUUGCUAUGAUGAAGCCAGUCUAGCAUGUUGUUGUCAACAACGAUGUAGGAAAGCUUAUUUUCCCUCUUUUUCUGCCCCACCCUUGUCGCUUGACUCUAUUCUCUUAUUUUCUGGUUCCAGGGCUGGCAUCAACACAUGGUGUACUUGGGCAGUGGUCAGGAGCCCAGUGGCCUUGCACGACCCACCCUCAGUGCCUGCCUUGGGGCCUCUGAAAUUCCUCUGCCCAGCCACCAAAAUUCUUUCUAGACUCAGCUGUUCCUGCAGCUGAAAGAGGAGUACUUGCUCCAGUCCAUAGUCAAUAUUGUUGUAUAAUGUAAGAAGAAGCGACUGCAGAUAUGUAGUGACUUAAUGGCAUAGGAUCUGGCGACAGUUAAGGAAUGCAUGUCAUUGUCAAAUCCUUCAUUCAAACAUAUUUUGAGUGCUGUACUCAUUUAUUUUAAGAUUUGUAUCCUGCCUUUCUGAUCAACAGCAAAGUGUUGAAGGUGGCUAAUAUAAUAAGGUUACUAGAUGUCCCCGUUUCCUGGGGGAAAUCAGUCCCCUGACAAAAUCCAUCUAUUUAGUAGAAAGUUGAAAAGUGUCCUCGGAUUCACUGGAAAAAAUAUGGUAACCUUAUAAUGAACCUCUGGAGUGGGGAAAACCAACCAGUACAUCACGAAACAAUACAGACAAUUUGUGGGUUUCCUCCACUAAAAAAAACCCAUUUGACUCAGGGCUCUGAGCUUCUCCUGGGUUUAGCUACUGUUUUGAUUUCCCAUGAUGGCCUCGGAUGAUGCUGUGCAGAGGGCAUUGUGGGAAAUUAAAAUGUUGGCUAGAUCCAACCACUCAGAGUUAGUUGUGGAAUAUGGCCAGUGCCCUUGAGCUCAGUGGCAGAGCCCAUACUCUGUGUGCAUAUAGUUCAGCUCCUAUAAUCUCCAGUUAAUCUUGGGUAGCAGGCCUGCGGAGAGCUCUACCUGAAACCUUGCAAUGUCUCUGCCAGUCAGAGGAGUUAGCGCUAAGCUAGCGUGACCAAUGGUCUUGGUAUGAGCCAACUCCAUGUGCUCACGGGAUGAGGGAAGCGCAAAGAACGGACUGUGAUUUGGUUGAGUUCCUGCUCCGUAGUGUGCUUAGCCUAAUGGACACUUCAGCUUUUUAAAUUGGUCCAUUUUCAGCAUUUACAAAUCAAUUCUGUUUUUGAAAGCCGACUCUGCCUCUGCUACAUUGAAACGCCUCCCUGGCUUGCAGGCAGCGUGGAAUAUUUCAGUUUUGGCUGCAAAUAACCCGCAUAGCACUGAAAUAUUUACUUAGCAACAAGCCAAAAUAGUUCAGAGAUUACAGUUUUGAACCUUUGGAUCCAUCAGCACAAUCCUCACUGUGUUUAGAGACUUCUGUUUUUUUGCAGUAUAGAAAUGGGAGUGUAAAUCCUUAAGAAAACACUUGUUCAUAUAUGGAUAUUGCAACAGUUAAGCUUUGCAUAUUUUCCUUGGAAACUAAGCCAUAAGGAGAUCCAAAACAGAUUCUUGUCUGUUUGCAAAUGUUUCUCCCCCAGGUUCCAUGAAGAGUACUUUUCUGAUUAACCCAAAGCCAGUUUCAUGACUCAUUACAAGGGCAGCAAUUAAUAUGCAUUUGAAUCGUAUGAAAACUUGUGGCCUUCUAGAUUAUGUUAUUCAGAACAUCACCAAGAUAAUUAAAAGCAAACAUAGCUGAUACCUUAAAAUCAUGGCUCCAGGUAAACGGAUAAAGGGAGGUAAGUUCACAGAUGAUCUUCAUGAUUGAGAAGGCUUCUGUUGCCGGUAGCCAGCCACCUUUCUUGAGAAGAUGGAUGCACUGAUGGUUCUCUGGUGAGGAUCUUAAUAACGGGGGCAUUUGCCAGAUAGUUCUUCAGACAGCGUAGUCCAAGGAUGGGAAAUCUAUGGUCCUCCAGGUGUUGUUUGCCUGCAGUUCACAUCAUCCCUGACUAUUGGGCAUUCUGGCUGCGACUGAUGGGAUUUGGAGUCCAACAACGUCUGGUGGGGGUGGCCACAGUUUCUCUCCCACUGAUCUAGGCUUUCAAGCUUUAAGCCAGUGUGAACCCAGGGCCUUGUUUCACUGUAGCCUGGCUAUCUUCUCUGAAGGACACACGCAGAUCCUUCAUCAUUGUGGUCUGUCAGUGAGCAAGAUACUUUUCUCUCUUUAUUUUACUUCUUCAUCUUCAAAAAUGGUAUCAAUACAGAAAGGUUUUUUGAAUCAGCAAUGUGUGAAUGAGAACAAAGUGGAAGCACUUCUUGCUGUUUCUCCUCUUGCAAAUCCAUGCACCAUGGAGUGAAAUUUGAUUGGUAUUGACCGAUGCUUUUGGAGAGCUGAUAGCAAUUUUUGUAUUUAUUUUGAACGAGUUUCCUUGGCCUAGAAUAGUGUAUAAACAAAAUCACGAGCACUCUCCGUACGAAUGAAAACACUUUUAUCAUUGUGACAAUCCUGACGGGUUUCCAGCUUGGAAAAGGCCAUGUAAUUUCUUACUUCCUCCAGGUAUACAUGCAAAUUAUGUAUGCCAACAGAAUUGUUCCUUAUAAUUGCUUUAAGCCUUCUCAAUUAUUGGGAAACAAGACUUAGCAUCUCCUUAGGCCAAAGGAAAUAUACCUUUAAUAACUUACUCAAGAUUGUCUCGAUGGCAGAGUCUACUCCAAGGUAAAUUGAUUUUAAGGACUGGCUUUUAAAUUGUUUUCAGAACGCUUUCUUUUCUGCGGUUUCCCCCAAAGAAUUGUGGGAGCUGUAAUACUAAGAGAUGUGUUUGUGGUGCUUGGGGUGGGCUGCCUCACAAUAUUGUUAUUUUCCUUAGCAGACACUCUUGGCUUGAGCGGCAUUUUUGUGUGCAGGACAGGGAAGUUAUUUUCCAGAGAAGCGGUCCCCUAAUUCUGUUAUUCUCAGCUGCUGGUUCCACCUCAGUCUUGAUUAUUUUCUUCCAACCUGGGGUCUGUUUCACAAGUAUCGUCAAGGGACCUCAGUGGAACUUGUACAUUGAGGCCUUUUACCAGUUCCACAAACGCAUAAAUAUUGAUCGCGUUCUAAAAGCUUGCUCCAGCGUCGUCCUUUUUGUCAAAACCUUCGCCCUGAACAGACACAAACACCCCCCGCUCUUUUUCUAAUAGCCAGUAGUUAUGCUGAUAAAACUUUCAUGAACAUUGCUUCUUAAACAUUCUCUGAAUCUCUUUCUUGCAGCAAUGAUUACCCACUAUUAUUCCCACCCGCCUACAUCCUCAUGAUAUCCUAGAAGAGCAGCGAAAGAGGCCAGAAUUCAGGCAUAAUGGAAUUUCUCCUCUUGAGGAGAAUGCAGGCGCAUUCAUGCAAAUAAUGAAACACAGUAGAGGUCUCCUGUUGUAGCUGCUGACUGUCAAUGUAUGACUUGGGAGGAUAAUAAUGUUACCAGUGAGAGAGGGGAAAGGGGAGAGCAUGGGGACUGCUGCUGCUAUUGUUGUUGUUCGGUCAAUGAUGGAGAAUGGUGGGAUGUACAGCAGACUUGCAAAUAAAUAUUCAGAUUUGUUGCCCCUCAGAAACACAGGAGCCUGCCUUCUCCUCAUCUCACCCUCCCAUUUUGCUCAUAUGUGGCACAUGAAUAUCCCCUAAGGAGGAAACCUGCCGACUGUUUUCCAUUCUGCAAAAAAUUCCUGGCCUAAUAAACUGCAACGAAUUCUUACUCUCCGCUGCAGUCAAAUCAAUAGAUCUUUCCUGCACAGCAAAAAAAGUUACCUUACAAUGCGCUGGGUAUUUUUAAAAAUCCAGAUCUGCAGUACUUUAUAGUCCACUAACAUCAAAGACACGUGAGUAAUAAUUGUCAUCUCCAUACAAUAGUCCCUGCCUCCCACAAUCAAAGCGAAUAAAUGUAUUGAAUCCUGGUUGCAGCCACUGUGAGUGGCUUUAGGGAUCACCGCCUUAUUAGGUCCAACUAAAAUGUCGUAAAAUAGUGAGCAAGCCUUCCAGUUCUUAUUCAGACUGGAUGUUCAACAAAACAGUGAGAUGAAGGAGAAAGAAGACACUGGGCAUGAUGCUCAAGUUCCUAAGUCUGCAGUUCAUUCCUGCCUUACGAUGGAGUGCUCAUUGCAUUGGACUCUGCUAGAUGCAAAACAGAUUUCAGGGUUGAACUGUGCUGCUUGGGUGAGGAAAAACUACAGCUUCUCCAUAUAAAAACUGGCAAUGAAUGAUCACUCAGCUGAACAGCUGGGUCUCUUGUGAGGCAGACAGCAGAAGUAGAAAGAAAUGUGACCGUUUUCAUAUUGCCAAAGUUGGGGGUUAAUUUUAGAUGGUGCCCUGGGCCUAUAGAAGAUAGGUUGGGUGGUGACUGGAGACUUGUGAUCUCACAUCUUUUGAGUGCUAGGAAAUCAUCUUCCUUCAAUUUUUAAGCCCCCUGUCCUUCCACAGCCGAGUUCGUUAUUCUGCAAAGAAAAAAUAAAUUGUAGGUAGGCAGAGAAUGCAACAAUAUUUCUCUGGUUUGCACAGUUUCCAAUAAGGUUGACAGGACAUAGCCCUCCUUUCCGGCCAUGGCUUGUGAACAUACUUGUGCUACAGGCUUUUCAGUCAGAGUCUGCUUCCCUUGCUUGGGUGUUGAAACAAGGGGCCAGCACCCAUGACUACAGUCCUUAAGGAUUUUGUGGCAGAAGGAGUGUUUCUCUUAUGAAAGCUAUGCUGUAAUUUUAUUCUGCGUGAACAUUCCCCCCUCCCAGUGCCAUUUCCCUAAAAUAGGAAAUCCUGGUUUAAAUGCCACAGGAUAUUUUAAUCAUUGUAGAAAAGGCCUUCCCUUUCUUUUGUUCUGUUUUAAAAAAACAAUGCUUUUUUAAUUUGCCUUCCCUGUUGCUUGAUAUCUAAAAACAGCUCUUCCUGCUGAGAUUUUAACACCAACAGGCUAUGAGUUCACCCAUCACCGCCAAGCCCACGCAUGUAAACAUCUUAUGUUAUGGGCUGCAGCAAGCACCCGUUUCCCUGCCGCAUUAAGUAUCUGUAACAUACAUUUUCUUUGUUUAACACUUUUACAAGUAGGAAGAGGGGGAAAUUAUUUCUAUAUCACAUCUCUGUUUAAUAGCAGAGUAAAGACAAUGGAGGACUUUGCUCUGCUUUGUUUCAAACAGUUUGCCUCAGUGCAGUUGAAAUUGAAAAAAUCGUUUGAGGAAACACGUUUCUCUUGUGUCGCAAUUUUGACAUGAAUUGUGGGGUGGUCUGGUUAGUGGCAGGCCUGAGCAGAAAGGGAACCAGUGUUCACACAUGCACACACACACUAUUUCCUAACUUUGCCAGGCCAAUUUGGAAGUGGUUGGGGAGUGUGUCUGAGGUUGCCAACUUUUUUGGGCCCAGGGGCAUAUUUGCAAACCAGAAAAACUAUUGUGGGCACACACACGCACAACCACAACCACAACCAAGCACACACCACAACUUCAUUCUAUUGCCGAUUUAUUUAUUUCAUAACGUUUCUACACCGCUUGAUUGUACAAAAGAAACCUCAAAGCGGUUUACAGAAUUGGCUGCAGCAAUACUUUGAGCCUAAUCUGGUCAGGAUGAGGAGACCCUGUGGACACCAAGCGAGGUCUCUGGGGUGUGUGUGUGCUGGUAUAUGUGGUCUAGCUGGCUGCAUUGUGAGGUCAAGCACUGCAAAAGAGCCGUGUGUAACUAUGGAAACUCUUGCUCCAAAUAAAACAGAACCAUUUUCUUGCUGCCCAAGGCAAUAGAGGUGGCGUUUGCCCACCACAGUGAAAGCAGAACUGCUGGCCUGGUUGCUGAGGUGUUAGGCAGAUGUUCUCAAAGCACCACCGGGCAGUAGUUGUUCUUUUGCUGAGGUGCUGUGCCCUCACUGGGGUAGCAGCAGUUGGUGUCUCCCAGAGCCCACUGUGUGAUUGGCUUCCAAUGGGAGUCCUUGUUUGUUUCACAUAGUUAUAUGCCGCAUAUUCCUAGAAUAGUCACUUAAGUUGGAGGUACCCAAUGUGGUGCCCUCCAUAUGUUGCCCCACCAUCCACUGCCGGCAUGGAGGCUGGUUUGGGGAUGAUGGGAGUUGUAGUCCAACAAGAUCUGGAGGCACCACACUGGCUUUGCCUGCUGUAAGUGGUUUACACCUCAGAUAACAAAUCUUGUAUCUCUCUUUCUAUACAAAGCAAUGAAACUAAAUACAGUGGUACCUCGGGAUGCGAAUGGGAUCCAUUCCGGAGUCCCGUUCGCAUCCUGAAUGGAACAUAAGACGCAACGGCGCGUCUGCGCGGGUCAUGUUUUGCGGCUUCUGCGCAUGCGCAUGACGUCAUUUUGAGCGUCUGCACAUGAGCAAGUGGCGAAACCCAGAAGUAACAUGCUCCAUUACUUCCGGGUUGCUGCAGAGCGCAACCCGAAAGCACUCAACCUGAAGCACAUUCAACCCGAGGUAUGACUGUACCGUUUUGUAUAAUCAAAUUCUAGAAAAAACAUAGCAAGAGUCAGGGAAGGUUUGUUGGAGCAGAUGGACUUUCUGUUCCAACAUGGGCAAAUCCCUCAGUCUAAGCGCAUCCAGAUAACUUUCUAGCUGGGCUUUGAACCUGUAUUCCCUACAUCCAGACUUAAUAUGCUGCUUAGAAGAGUCUUAAAUUUGAUUUUUCAAUGUCUUCCUUUAAGGGAUUUGAGGGCGGUGCUAAUAAUAUCCGACCAGCGUACUAGAGUUCUGGAUUUGAGCGUGUUGGCAGCAUAGCAAUGCACAGUAUGGACCUUCUUUCUGGGUAGGAAAUAGGACUUUGUAUCCUAAUGAAAAGGGACGCGGGUGGCGCUGUGGGUAAAACCUCAGCUCCUAGGACUUGCCGAUUGCAUGGUCGGCGGUUCGAAUCCCCGCGGCGGGGUGCGCUCCCGUCGUUUGGUCCCAGCACCUGCCAACCUAGCUGUUCGAAAGCACCCCCGGGUGCAAGUAGAUAAAUAGGGACCGCUUACCAGCGGGAAGGUAAACGGCGUUUCCAUGUGCUGCGCUGGCUCGCCAGAUGCAGCUUGUCACGCUGGCCACGUGACCCGGAAGUGUCUGCGGACAGCGCUGGCUCCCGGCCUAUAGAGUGAGAUGGGCGCACAACCCUAGAGUCUGGCAAGACUGGCCCGUCAGGCAGGGAUACCUUUACCUUUUAUCCUAAUGAAAUGGACUGGCAGACUCUGGGGGUUAUUUGAUGUCAAAAAAAAGGUUCAUGCUUUCCCCCUUUGGCUAAAGAACUUGGGGGAACAUCCUGGCUCUAUGGAGAAAUCAUCCCUUUAGCAUUGCUCAAGUUAUUAAAAUAACUGAAGACUCUUGAUUUAUUUUUUGAAGACACUGUCUUAUGCAUGGCACAGACACAGAACUUCUCUUCUCAGAAAUUAUUGUUCUUUGUAGAUUAAAAACAAAACAAUCAUGUUCCUCUUCUUCCACAAGGAAUCCUAGUAACCUCUGAGACGUCUGUCUGGAUUUCUGCCCAUCUUAGAGUUACUUGAGUUCAACAAACUCACUCUUAGAAAAGUUCAUACAGGCCUGAAAAGUCUCCUCAGGCAGUUUUUACAGUUCUGCCUGAUAAAGCAACAGCCGGGCAAAGGCAGAAACCACACAAUUGCCACAUUGCACCAUUUUUUUGUUUCCUUCACAAGAAAUUCAUAGUACUUCCUUCGACAUAAAAAGAAAUCAUUAACAGGAAACCUCAGGUUAAAACUUAGGAAUUUAUAAUGAAUUCUCUGUUUGCAAUAAAUGGGUGGGUCGUGGUUUGAAAGUGGUGUCCUUGUAGCCUUGCUGAAAAAUGGUUGCUGGGUUAACAAGUAGGUAAAAUGAUGUGGUGAUUUAAUUUGACUUAUUUGGCUAGCCCUUCUGGCAAAACAUCAGUGUCAUCAGGCAGUUCGGCUCUCUAAAGUUCCCAGCUGGUUCAAACCUCAAAUAAGUGUUGUCACCCAUCUUUGGGACAUUUUAAGCAAGUAAAUUGUGUUAAAAGGUAAGAGCCCUUGGGGUGCACGGGAACCAUUCUAAAAACCUCCAGUUAUAGUAUUUGUGUGGGCAUGUUUAUAUAUAUUGUGGUUCAUAUAUGUUGCAUGAACUGUCAGUGGAGGUUCUAGAGAGGCAGGUAUGCCUUCUUAAAUUUAAAAAGUUCAUCUCAAAUGUUUCAUCCUAAAAUGAGAGGGGGAAAAGAGAGAAUUUUGUUUACAUUCUGUCUUCUGAGCCUUUUAUUACUAUAUUGCUUUCCAAGACUUGAAAUUUAGGUCUGCUCUUUCUCACUCAGUGGGAGUUCCCUUGCUGUGUGUACAGAUGUUUUUUAUUUUACAUAACCGGUACAACAAGACACAGCCCGUGUCAAUCACAGACAUAAUUUUCCUCUCAUCCAAAGUAUCUCCACUAUUGCUGAAAAGUGCUACCUCCUUUUUCAGGAAUGUCUGGAAACAAACAUCUGCCUGGCUGAAAACAGAGGAGCCAGAAGGAAAGUCUGAGAUUUAGUUGCUGAGAUUGAGUGCCAUCAUACCAUACCAAGGGGAAAUGAAAAAUGAAUCCAGGGUUGGGGGCACUGGCUGUUUUGUUUCCCAGAGUUUGAAGGCAGUGAAAUUAGGUCCCAUUCCCCCCAAAUUAGUCAUGAUCAAUGACAUCGCGUAAGCACCAUAAAUAUACCUGCAGUUGGCUAAUUGAUUUGAGCCAUGCAGGUAGUCAUUGCCACAUGCCACCACAUGAUUUGUGUGGCACGCAAGUAAUAAAAGGAUGUGCAGAGAGCAGGAAAUCUGUCACAUCUGUAUCUGACAAAUGACAGGGAUUCCCAUUUGCAUGAGUAAUCGCUACACAAGUGCAGCAGUUUGCCAAUCUGCUCAUGGGGCUGUGUGACAUCGGCAAAAUCAAGUGAUAAGGCCCACAUGGAUUCCACCACUUCUCAAAAAUAAAUAAAAUCUUGUAAAUAGAGGAAUUGCAUGCUAGACUUGACGUGUUCUAUUUCCCUGUGUAAGUAAAGGUAAAGGGACCCUGACCAUUAGGUCCAGUCGUGUCCGACUCUGGGGCUGCGGCGCUCAUCUCGAUUUAUUGGCUGAGGGCGCCGGCGUACAGCUUCUGGGUCAUGUGGCCAGCAUAACUAAGCUGCUUCUGGCGAACCAGAGCAGCGCACGGAAACGCCGUUUACCUUCCCGCCGGAGCAGUACCUAUUUAUCUACUUGCACUUUGAUGUGCUUUCAAACUGCUAGAUUGGCAGGAGCUGGGACCGAGCAACGGGAGCUCACCCCUUUGCGGGGAUUCGAACCCCUUACCUUCUGAUCAGCAAGCCCUAGGCUCUGUGGUUUAGACCACAGUGCCACCCGCGUCCCUAUUUCCCUGUGUACAGAGAGGCUAUCUUUCUUGGGGUGGGGGAAGAGAUUUGCAUAUGCUUUCCCUCUCUGCAACAUAAAAUCCAGGAGAAUAUUUCAGUUUUGCUGAUAGGCAUAUAUAAAAGAGGAAUACACUCCAGAAACUGGUGGUUAGACGUCUUGUGCUAAGCCUGUCAUGGGAAACUCCCCGGGCCUCUCGGACCAUGUCGGUCCAAAAGUGAUUGCUUUGGGUUGCUAGGCUGGCUUCCCUGCCCUCCCUUAGCUAAGCCUUCUUUUGCAGGUUAACCUCUUCUCCACAGGUACGCGGGCGCUGCUACGCUAUGGUCGCUGUUGAAGGGCCGGAAAGGAAUUAUCCUUCAUUGGCAGGUUUUGCCUUCCCCGUAGCAAAACGUCACAACUUUGGCGGUUUCAGGCCUUGGGCAGAAUCCUUCAGUCUAUAUUCCCUAAAUGGGGUGGGGGGCGUGAAGCUGUGACCCACGCCCCCCCCUGCAGUGGCGAUCCCAGGGUUCCCCGUCAAAGGGGUUGUUUUGAGGGGAGGCAUUGGCCAUACGCCGAGACGUUGUCAUUGCUCUUCCCUGCAUCGGUAGCAAAAUGGCGGGUGGGCUCUCUCUGCUUGAACAGACGUUCUCCAGAGCCAGCCCAAUCCCCACAUAUCCUGGAUAACCCUGAUGUUCCCCAGAUCCCCAGCCGGGGACUGGGAGGGAUAAACGCCCAAAGCCUAAGCCAAGGUCUCCCUACAUCUGAAAUUUUUAAUAAAGUUGUGUCCAAAUUUUAAUCCUAUAACAUGUUGUCUUGAGGCAUUAUUCCACGCGGGUGUCGCCCGGGGUCAGGAGGUCUCCACCUGUCCGCGCAAAACUGAAUCUUGCUGAGCUGUGGGAGCAAAGAUCUGGCACUUUGGCUUGAAACGCUUUCGCCCUUCCUGAAUAAAGUUCCCUUUAUAACUUUUUACAGUAUCAUUGCUAUGUUCGUGUAGUGAUACUCCAGCGUCAAUAUGCGUGUGUCAUUCCUUUCCCACUUUGAUAGGUUAUCAGAUUGGGCAGUUGGGAGACUCUCACCACAGGGGACUCAAUCUGUUUAUUACAGAGAUAAAUGCAGCAGUUGAACGGAGGGCGAGGUGAAUGAAUCAUGAAAGACAACAUAGAGAGCAUAGGUCAGUGGAUGGACUUUCCCUAGAAAGGUUUACACUACAAACUUAUAUUGGUUUUAUAUCAGAUCAGCUUUCAGAGCUCCCUCUGAAGAAUUGUGGGAUUUGUAGUUUAUUGGCAAUGCUAAGGAAUUUCUGUGCAAAGGAAGAUCCCUAUACCACAAUCCGAUUUCACUGAACUACUGUUUCCAGUAUUCUCUGGAAAGAAAGAAAGAAAGAAAGAAAGAGAGAGAGAGAGAGAGAGAGAGAGAGAGAAAGGAAGGAAGGAAGGAAAGAAGGAAGGAAGGAAGGAAGGAAGGUACCCUGUUUUAGGUCUGCAUUAUAGAUACCGUACAUAGGGGGACGUGGGUGGUGCUGUGGGUUAAACCACAGAGCCUAGGACUUGCCGAUCGGAAGGUUGCCGGUUCAGAUCCCUGCGACUAAGCGGCUUAGUCAUGCUGGCCACAUGACCCGGAAGCUGUACGCCGGCGCCCUCAGCCAAUAAAGCGAGAUGAGUGCCGCAACCCCAGAGUCGGCCACGACUGGACCUAAUGGUCAGGGGUCCCUUUACCUUUACUUACACAGGGAAAUAGCACACACGUCAAGUCUAGCGUGCAAUUCCUCUAUUUACAAGAUUCUUUCCCUCUUGUUGCAACCUAAGUUGGAGCCACUGUGUUGCACAUUAAAAUUGGCAGGACCUGCUUUGUGUAACUUCACAAAGAAAAGGGGAAUCAUUUGGCUACGGUCAAGUCGAUUCAACCUAUUUUCCUCCUUGCAGACCUGGGAGAAAAUUAUAUGUUACUGUGGAUUAGAAUUACAGACAAAGCCGAGAGACAGUCCUUGAUGUUUAAAUCAGAAGCACUUGACAUUUGAUAUUUAAAGCCGUGGCAAUAUUGGCCAGUAGUACACAGAGCAAUGUCUGUGUGGGGCUCUGGCUACUCACAGACCUGCAGCUUAAAGUUUCAUAUGGCACCAUCUAGCUUCUCCUUGUGGGAGGGGGACAUCUGCAUCCUAAUGGAGAAAUCCUAUUGCUUAUUUUGUGGUUUUUAAAAAUUAGAAUGGCCCACUAAGUAUAGGCCACUAGCUUCAAUUUCUCUAUUGCUGGUUUUAACAGUGAUGCAGCUUCCCACAUGAAACUCGGGAGACGUUUGCAAAAUUGGAAAGUUCAUGGUCUCAUUAAAAAGAAAAAGGCAUGUGCCAUUGCAAAUUGCUGCUUUGAAAGUGCCCGCAAUUACAAAUUACAACGGAGAAAUGGAUUGGUAAUAGAGUUAAAUACAUAAUACACUGAAAAGCUGUUACAAACAUAUAUUUUGGGAAGUUGUCUCUCUGCAUUUGGACACCUCUCCAGAUAUUGUAACAAAAUUUUGUCCGGUGGUUCCUGAGAUCAGGGAACAGGUUUGGGCCCUUGGCUGGGUCUAUACUAAUAAAAAAAACACUAUAGGGACAAACACUAUAAAAACUCUCAAUGCAAAAUCCCAUUGGUGAUGGAUCACUGCUCUGCAGCGCCAUCUGGUGUCACAUGUUCAUAAGCUGAGUCCUUUGUCUGGAUACAGUUGGGUGCCAUUUUGAAUCAAGGUUGUAGACCAGGGGUCAGCAAACUUUUUCAGCAGGGGUGCGGUCCACUGUCCCUCAGACCUUGUGGGGGGCCGGACUAUAUUUUUUUUGGGGGGGUGAACAAAUUCCUAUGGCCCCCAAAUAACCCAGAGAUGCAUUUUAAAUAAGAGGACACAUUCUACUCAUGUAAAAACAUGCUGAUUCCCAGACCAUCUGCGGGCCAGACUUAGAAGGCGAUUGGGCCGGAUCCGGUCCCUGGGCUUUAGUUUGCCUACCUAUAUUGUAGACUGAGCCUUUCAAAACUACACUGAUUUUUGUUGGUUUGUUUGUUUCUUAGCAUUCCCAGCCAGUGCUAGGUAUGAAACUGCUAGUAACCAAUAAAGCUGUAGUUGAUUUUUAUAUUGUUUUGUUAUCCACGUGAAAAUAUGUGUGGAAGCGCUGGCUUAUGGUGGCUCCACAGUGUGUAUGUGCAGGGAAAAACGUCACACUUGACAUUGCAUGAGAUGAGCAGCAGUUUCGUGCUCUGUCCCUUUCAAGGCAUGGUCCCCGGCACUCAUGUCACAGAAAAGAAAAUAUAGGUGAAAGUCUGUAAUGUGCAAGUGGGUCAAAAAUAUAGCCUAAGGAGCGUAAAACUGUUGAGAAUUAACAGAAGAUGAAAGUUUUCUCACUGAAAGACUCCAUAGGAUUUAGGGUUUAGCUGAGGCGCUCUGUAAAAGCAGGGAAUUAGACAACCUUAAAUUACAUUUGAUUGCUUCCAGGGUUUAAAGCCGUUUGGCAAGCACACAAAACUAAGCUCCUCAAAUGGUAAAUUCCUGAGAGAAACAAUCCCUGCUAUUUCUGAGUUCCUCAUGCAGCCCUUUAAUUUUAUUUUUAGCUUUGUUUUAUAUCAAGGAACGAUGAGACGUCACUGGCCAUGUUUCAAAAUUUGCACAUCCUCUAAAAAUAAUAAAUCACACAAUUUAAUAAAGGGCUCUCCAGUCCUUCCAUUGGGGCAGUGAGGGAGAAUCAGAGGGAGGAAAAGAUAUUUUAGAAGCAUCAAAGUGUAACCCGCAAGGGAAAUUCAGAAGAACAAAGCGAAGGAGCCAAACAGAAAAGCUUAUUUAUUUGCAAAAUAAUCAUGUUCAGUCUUCUGGAGGUUGUAAGCCAACUAUUGUUUUUAUGGCCUUCAGAUCUUUGUUUUGAAUGCUGGCCUUACCUCUUCCAGUAGAGAGGAUUUUAAUUUUAUUUUAAUCAGUUAAAUGACACAUCCAAACCCAAUGUAAAUGCCUCUGUCAGAAGACACACAAAGACUGUUAUCCCCCAAUCUGUCUGGCAAAAACGGACAAACCCUGCUUUUAAAAAACGAUAGAGCGGUUAUUUCAUAAUUGCAAGUAGACUAUUUUAGAGCACAGUAAAAUGGGAUUAAUCCCCCCCCCCCCCGGUUAACGUAAUAGCAAACAAAUACGGGUUAGAUUAGAUUAGAAUUUUGUUUUUAUGAAAGGAUACUCUAUUGACAGAUCAAGGCCCAGUUCCAGUGUGAUGCUGUCUGUCUGGAAACUAUGGUUUGCAAAUCAGGAGGCAGUCUUAGGAAUGCCUGCUUGCACAUCUACUAAGCCAUAGUUGAGGCCAUCCGUGGAGGGGAAGGGGAAUUCAUGCCGCUGAGCAGAGGACUGAAGGGUCAAAACAUGUAUUGCGUGUCGAGGUCCCCAAGCCACCCCCCAAAUAACUCACAACGCACACUUAAUUUUUGUUUAAGGUUUUUGGCAUAAUUUUGGCCACAACUUUAUUUAAAUACAAAACCGUGAGUGGUUGUUUAGGCAUUGGUUAAGACUAUCUGUCCCCCCGCCUGGGGACAGAACUGACUUCCGGGCACCACCGAAAGACAGUGCGGGGGGAAAGCAAGUCGGAGAGAAAUGGAGCUGAGUCACAGACCCUCAAUUCUCAUCCGCAUGCUCCCCGAAGGCUUGCCGGCCCUAGUCCCAUUCCAGGGAUUGGACGAAAAGAUGGCAAGCCCCAGGAUUCCUUUAACGGAAUUCCCUUUCCGCAGCAACCAUGGAGGGGCAGGCCCAGCCUAUCCUAACCCUUCCUCCACCAAUUUAUAACCAAUGCCUAACCGCAACCUUACAAGUUGUGACGAUUUGCUACGCAGUAGGCAAAAACCAAAUGGCCCAGCCAAUCAGCCAGAUGGACAAAAUUCCUACCAGGCCCCUGCCCCAACGGCAGACGACCCCAUGACAGGCAUAGCAAGGUCAAUGCAACAACCCCUUACUCAAGGGCGGGUGGGCGGGUGAUCCGUUGCACGCAGCAAAGAGAAAGCUCCAGGCUGUGUGCAGAGUAUUUAAACAUUUUACCCUCCCACCAAAAUUGCAACAUAACGUUUACCCCAGCAACCCAGUGAACCAAUCACUGCCCCAGGCCAUCUUUAGAGACCCUGCCUGGUAACAGAGGGGUGGCUCAGCAGACCCCACCGCAACACGUGCUCUCCAUGAAGGAGAACACGCUUUCCCAAGGCUCUUCCCCGUUUUACUUGCCAGCGUUGUAUCUUCUCUAGUCUCACGGCUAGAAUCCUAAGCUCACUCACAGGUGGGAAGUCAGCUACGUUGAACUCGGGAAAAGCUGAAAGUGAUUACUGUAUAUGCGUUGUUUCAAAAGGACUUUCACAAUAUCAUGUGUUUUUAAAUGCCAGUUCUUUUCAUCAGACUGCAUGCUGGAAAUAAGAUUUAGAUCUGGGGUAGGCAACCUAAAUACGUGACGUGGGUGGCGCUGUGGGUUAAACCACUGAGCCUAGGACUUGCCGAUCAGAAGGUCAAUGGUUCGAAUCCUCGCGAUGGGGUGAGCUCCCGUUGCUCAGUCCCUGCUCCUGCCAACCCAGCAGUUCGAAAGCACGUCAAAGUGCAAGUAGAUAAAAAGGUACCACUCCAGCGGGAAGGUAAACGGCGUUUCUGUGCGCUGCUCUGGUUCGCCAGAAGCGGCUUAGUCAUGCCGGCCACAUGACCCGGAAGCUGUACACCGGCUCCCUCGGCCAAUAAAGCGAGAUGAGCGCCACAACCCCAGAGUCGGCCACGACUGGACCUAUGGUCAGAGGUCCCUUUACCUUUACCUUUAGAUAACCUAAGGGCCAGGGGCUGGCUGCGGCCCAAUCGCCUUCUCAACCCAGCCCGCGGAUGGUUCGAGAAUCAGCGUGUUUUUACAUGAGUAGAAUGUGUUCUUUUAUUUAAAAUGCAUCUCUCAGUUAUUUGUGGGGCAUAGGAAUUCGUUCAUCCCCCCUGCCCCCCAAAUAUAGUCCAGCCCCCCCACAAGGUCUGAGGGACGAUGGACCGGCCCACAGCUGAAAAAGGUUGCUGACCCCUGAUUUAGAAGGUGUAUACAACACAUGUAACUCCUGUAACAAGCAGCACAUGCAGGAAAUUAGUUUACUGUACUCUUCUGGCGCUCCUAAUUAGCUUUUAUGAUCCCUCUUUUUCUUCUUUAUUACUUGGAUGCUUCUGCUUAAGAGCGUGCCAUUUCUUGCCCUGGGCACUGUGGUUCCCUGCAUGUUGAGGUUGUGGCAGAGGCAUUGCCUUUGCUUUCCAGGAGGCAUAACGGCCAUCUCCCAAGUCGGCCAGCUGUCUAGUUGCACUCAGUGGCAAGUCUGCUUAUCUGCACUGAGGCUUACUGAAGCUGCUGCGGACUUUGUCCUAUCCUGUACAGUUUGGCGUACCCAACAAAAGUAAUGCCUGCAGCUAGUGUUUAUAGCACAGGGGCUGCUGGAAUGGUGUCUGUGGGUGCAAGGGUCCCCGUGAGCUCUUCUCCUGGCACCCAUGAAGCCUCUGGCGCACCCUCUUCCAUCACUGCCCCUUGGUCACGAGGAGCCUCGGGUGGCUACUGUUUUCUCCCUUUAAAAGUACAUAGAGCUAAGUUGGAAGAAGGAUGCUUUCCCACUGCCUCUUUCCCAUUGAGGUGCUUUUCAAGGUUCAUAUUACCGUAUUUUUUGCUCUAUAAGACUCACUUUUUCCCUCCUAAAAAGUAAGUGGAAAUGUGUGUGCGUCUUAUAGGGUGAAUGCAGGCUGCGCAGCUAUCCCAGAAGCCAGAACAGCAAGAGGGAUUGCUGCUUUCACUGCGCAGUGAUCCCUCGCUGUUCUGGCUUCUGAGAUUCAGAAUAUUUUUUUCUUGUUUUCCUCUCAAAAAACUAGGUGCGUCUUGUGGUCUGGUGCGUCUUAUAGAGCGAAAAAUACGGUUAGUUUUGGUGUGUUUGCUCAUUCUUAUUUUACCUUUGGAAGUGAGAGCUGGACCAUAAAGAAGGCUGAUCGCUAAAGAAUUGAUGCUUUUGAAUUAUGGUGCUGGAGGAGACUCUUGAGAGUCCCAUGGACUGCAAGAAGAUCAAACCUCUCCAUUCUUAAGGAAAUCAGCCCUGAGUGCUCACUGGAAGGACAGAUCAUGAAGCUGAGGCUCCAAUACUUUGGCCACCUCAUGAGAAGAGAAGACUCCCUGGAAAAGACCCUGAUAUUGGGAAAGAUGGAGGGCACAAGGAGAAGGGGAUGAUAGAGGACGAGAUGGUUGGACAGUGUUCUUGAAGCUAUGAACAUGAGUUUGACCAAACUGCGGGAGGCAGUGGAAGACAGGAGUGCCUGGCGUGCUCUGGUCCAGGGGGUCACGAAGAGUCGGACACGACUAAACGACUAAACAACAACAUUUUAUCUUUGGAAAAAUGAAGUUUGUGUGCACAUUCAUUCAGUGUGUGUGUGGCAUGCUGAUGGGGCAAGGAGACGGCACCCAUGGCACUUGCUCAAAAAUCAGAAAAACAAAAUGUUCCCAUGGGCCAAGAAAGGUUGAUGAUCUUUGGUUUAGCUGCUUGGAAGGAGAGGAGGAAGGAGUCGUUUCUGUUUCCUGCAUCCUUCAACAGGGUUCAAGUUAUGGUAGCUGAUACUUAGGUAUUGUUACCAAAGAUGGGUGCCACCCCCACUCUCUGCUGAGCAGUAGCAAGAUUCCAGCGGGUUCUGGGCACUCACCAGGGGCUGCGCUCCUUUGGAGAAUUGAAGGUGCGGCAGAGAUAGUCGUAGCUUUAAGAAAUGUGCUUUAUUCACAUACUUACACCUGAGUUUAGAUGGAGAGAGUCCAGAUCUUACAGCAUGGUCCUCUCAAGAGGGGCUUCUUCCCCAUGGCAGUGCAGCACUGGAGUCAAAAGCAGCUUUCCCAGCCAGCCUUCAGCCAACCUGCCCAAGAUGGAUCUCUCUCUUUGUCCUCUCCCUCUUCUUCCCAGCAUGCCUUUCUGUAAAUACUUUCUUCUCCUGUCCCCUCAAGCACACACCUCAUCACCAUGGCACCCUCUGUCUGCCCAGACCCAAGAAUUCCUCUUGGAUGGGCUGUCAACACUUUUUCUCAGGUUCAUGCCUCUGUCGCAGGUGAGGCCCUCACUAGACAGGAAGCUUAGCCUGUGCUUUUCCACUGGCCUCCAACCUUCCAUUCAAUGCUCCAAAUAAUCAAAAUCCUACCACUAGGGUUUGAGCCCCACCCAAAAAAACUAUAACAGUAUGAGCAUCAGAAUAGUUGGGGUCUUAUGCGCUGCUCUCCCUGUGGCAAAGUUAAAUAAGGCACCGUUGUCAUUCCAGAAGGAAGAACUCUUGGGGGCUUUCUGGUAUUGUUUAAGUACAAAUGGCAACCAUUUUAGGUGUGUCCGAAUGGCAUGCAAUAGUCAACACGUGGGUCCUUUUGGACCCGGAAGAAGGCAAUACGAGGGCGUGGGGCAACGUAACGGGGGGGGGGUCAUGCUUAUCCAUGUUCUGCUGACACGUACUGGGGGCAGGAAUGGAGCCCCUGUGCUAAAUGGGCAGUGCCUGUAUAAUAUGGGAGAAAUCCCUCGUUAGCUGACAGAGAAGCACAUCACCACCAGCCCUAGGCAAAAUGUGUUGGAAGAACUCAAGGAUUAGUAAUAUUCAUCUGCUGCAGACAGCCUUACAAAAAGCCACCCCAUUUCAUCUGAACUUCAGUGUAUCCCCCCCAAACCCCCCAAACAUUCUUUUUCUCUUUAUUAUAUUAACUGCUUGAGUCAUAGUUAACUCCUUUGCCUGUUUUUGCUAUGAAGAAAUUUAUUAGUACUGGAUUAAAAAGUCAUACUUUCAGUUCUUUAACUGAUGCAAUCUGCAUUACCGGGUGUGUGUAGGAGACCGUAGGUUUUUUUAAACCUGCAUUUCCAUGGAAACAAAGAUCCAAGAAGAAUAAAAAUGAUGGGAACUGUGUGGCAGGGAGUGUAACUGCUUCUAGACUGUUGCUACUUUUUGAGAGGCUUAAUUGCAUCCAGGGAAAGUCAUGUUGUUCAAUUAAAGAUUCGGUGAUUCUAAGUGGAUUUGCUGCUGUUGCACAACAAACCUGCUUCCAGCCCCCGCUUUUUGCAGGAAGGAAAGUGAUGAGGAAAUGCCCUUGAAAGUGUGGGAUAAGAAUUGUUUGAUGUGACAUCAUAUAACCUCGGGCUCAAUUGCCAGUUGAACAAGUUACUUAGGUAUGGAUGGGGGGAAAAAAACACCAAAUCCCACUUCAUACAUUAUCAGGCUUAAGAACCCUCCUAGCAUUGUGAAAAAUGUGUGAGUAAUUUUAUGUUUCCAUGUUGAAACAUGACACAGACAAUAUAUUAUCUUUGUCAGAAAGCCUUUGUUUGUUUUCCCAGUGUCAAAUGAGUGAGUUACUGUGUUGACUAUUGUGAAUUUCUUAGGCGCCUUUGCCAAACUUCCCACCUUAUUCAAAAUAUAUUUCCAACUGAUGGCUUUCUUUCUAUUCUUCCCUUACCCGUUGAUGCAAAGCUCAGUGACAUAAUUUAUCUCUUUCUCAUCCAUCACUCAUGCAACGUUUUCAGCUAUGAAUGGCUGCUCUUUCGUUGGUGGGCAGAUACAGUGGCUUCUUGUAAGAAGAGCUUCUGUUCUGGACGAUGGUGUGCCAUUGGUACCACCAGAUACGGGGCUACGAAACCUUACAAGCCUGGUCCCUGAAAGCUACGGAAGACAAUAGGCUUGUGUUAGCCGAUUGCAGUUAUCCAGUAAGGAAGCCCAGUUGUUGCUUUUAAGUCUACACCUCCUUUUUAUGAAUGAGUUUGAGGAUCUCUUCUGCAGUCGGUACAGCAUUGGCAGGUGGCUAUGCCUGCCUCUCCCAUUAGCUGGUUGAUAGUGGAUGAACGCAAAUGACCAUGUGACAACUGAUGAUAUGAAGUACUUGCAGACUGGGGGAUAAUGUUUGCACCUGCCAGGUGUGUGAAGGCUGCUUGCCUUCACACAUUGGGACAAACACUGUUCUUCCCAGUUCAAUGGGGAUUCUUCUCUCCCUUGGCACUUACUGACUCCUUCCCCUUGAAUGCAUUUGUACCAGGCCAGGAUGCAAGUAUCUUCAUUUUGUACCCAGAGAGAGCUGCUUUGAUUUCCUUAAUUUAGGGGUUCUCAUUGUGUCAAAAUUUCAGAACUGUCCGUUUGACCAGGAUGAAACAAACAAGUAUAUUGUGCCGAGAAUGACUUUGGGUCUCUGUGGAUUCUCUGGUACAUUCCAGGUACACCCUGUUCCUUGGUGGGUUGAAGCCAGCUGGCAAAGUUUGAAUGAACUUGUCUUUCUUCAACUUGGCAGACUGGGCUUACGGUUGAGUUUAGGAGGUGAGGCCAAGGCAAUCUGAGGCAGCAGUGAGAGCUAGUUGCUCUGAUUAGUGAGCAGCGUGGAGGAAUCCUGACCCAGAAGCCUUUAAAGGGGCCAAAAGGUUACCCACCUGAUCUGCUGUGGCUUACUAGAAUAAAUAUUAGGCUUCCUUGUUGGUGCAACUGGUCUCCCUGCAUUUCUCACCAUUUCACCCAGUUGACUGGUGGCACACAGGUGGAAUUUCUGAUCCUCCUUAAGUUGCCAGUUGGAGACUCACUGUGGAUUUGAGUUCUGGACUCUACACUGUGCCUCUUCUGUGGAUGAUUAUUCUCUAAGGCUGUCGAUAUAAUUGCAGAAUUAUUAUUUUUUUAAAGUCAACCUUUAUAGCCCUUGGAGGAGUGUAAUCUAUUGGACAGCCAGCAAUAGCUGCCUCCUAUUUUUAGAUCAGUUGCACUGCAUGUCCUGUAAAAACCACAGAGGAUAUCCAAUCAGUUCUGCUUUCUACACCAGCCAUGGAUGGCAGGUUGCCUUGCGCCGUUUAGAUAAACGAUCUCUCCUUCCCUAUGCAGUGCUAUAAAUCCUCGCUUGGUGCUUACGCUUCUUUACAAGCCUUGUGUUUUCAUGAGUCAGCACAGGCGUUGGGCUAAAGUCAAUGCAAACUCUCAUUUCUGUCCCUCUGCUUCUCUUUCUACAGCAUUUUAGGGCAUGUGGCUCUAUCUGCGUGCACCCAUUAUAAGAAAAGGUUGCCAGAAUCAAUUUGGUUUUUAUUAGGCAACUUUGUAGAUGGGUUUAAUUAUACAGAGCAGCCUAUUCGAGUAAUGACAAAUGGAUGCAAUAACAGCUGUUGUUGUCAUUAAUAGUAUUUUAUAAAUUCAGGAAUCACCUUUCACGUGAGUUUUAGGGUGAUUUACAAACCUAGCAUAAAAACAUCUAAAAAUAAUUUUCUAAAAUAGGAGAAAAACAACCAAAGUUGGGUUUACAAAUCAUACAAAAGGAACAUCUAUGGCAGAAAUCUUUUCACCCAGCUGGAAAAGCUAAUUGAAUUAAAAAAUGUUUUUGGCUGUUUCCACUGGCUGGAGCCAGUGUGGUGUAGUGGUUAAGAGCGGUAGUCUCAUAAUCUGGGGAACCAGGUUCGCGUCUCCGCUCCUCCACAUGCAGCUGCUGGGUGACCUUGUGCUAGUCACACUUCUUUGAAGUCUCUCAGCCCCACUCACCUCACAGAGUGUUUGUUGUGGGGGAGGAAGGGAAAGGAGAUUGUUAGCCGCUUUGAGACUCCUUAAGGGGAGUGAAAGGCGGGAUAUCAAGUCCAAACUCUUCUUCUUCUUCCGGAAAGUACAGAUUUUGAGCACCUGUCUUAUCUCAGCAGAGAUGCUGUUCCACGAAACAGGGGAAGCCCUUCUCCAAAUUACUGUGGCGUGAGCUUUUGGUAUGUUAGGAACUUGAAGGAGAAACUCCCUUGCAGGUUGUAGUGCCUUUCUGAGUAUUUAAGGCAUAAGGCAGUCUCUCAAGCAACUCGAUUCUGUAGCACCUCAUAUGUUAGCACCAAAAUAUUGAACUGCAGAUGGGGAGCCCAUGCAGAUCCCACAAACAAGGUGUUGUAUGCUUGUGCCAGUCUGUCUCCAUAAGCAGCCUAGCUGCUGUUCUGCCAGUGCACCUGUAGCCUCUGGACUAACCUCAAGAGUAGCCACACAAAGAGCCCAUUACAGUAAUCCAGUGCUGAGGCUACCAGUGCAUGUGGUCAAACUAUCAAGAUCCAGGAAUAACCUAGCUGUCUUAAAAGCCAAAGCUGCUAAACAGUACCCCAGCCGCUGAGGACAACUGUGUCCACGGUGAUGGAUCUAGAAGCAGCCUCAGACUAAGUACCUUCUCCUCCAGGGUGUCCUGAGUCUAUUGCAGAUGUCAUGGAAAGGAAGGAAAGUGAGAGGCUAUCAGGAAGCUGGAAGUGGGCGACCACAGGGAAGGUCACAGUAGGCUGCGGAAUGAGAAGAUGGGAUCCCAAGAAAAAUUCAACCCAGCAGGCUGAGAGGAGGCCCAGAUCCCAGGGACAUGCCUUGAGGGCUGCCACAAAAGUAUUCAGCCCCACGAUGCUGAAUACUCCAAGCCCAGUGUCACCCACCAAGGAGCUGCCUCUGCUGCCCUCCCGUUAGCCAAGAGGGCUCCCCUCCUAGGGAGAUAUCUGGGGCAAAGCUGGUCUAACUCCAUCCCUCAUCUCCAAUUGUCCCUGGGUUCGCCACCACUGCGCCAGAGAUGGCCUUCAGCAGCAUCCCCAGUCUGUCUCUUAUGCCCAGGCCCUCAAUACCAAGCCAGGUGGAGAAGUUUCCUGGUAUGUAAGAGAAGAUUUAUGGACCGCCAUGUCUGUGAUUCUGUGGACCGUAUGAUGUGCUUUUGUGAACCAUUACCCCUAGAAGUGGUGGUUAGCAGUAGCUGGAGUGACUCUUCAAAAGACAAGGAUCUUUUGCGAAUACUUGGAAUUAGCAAAGUUGACUGAUUUGAUAAGACAAAACCCAAAAAAUAUAAUCCAGAAACAAUGGAAAUCUCUAAAUAAUUCUUUAUGUAGACAAGGAUUAAAUGUAAGGUAUUGGUUGUGUUUAGAAUAGACUUAUGAAAGAUUUAGAAAACAUACUGAUUAGAAUAUUUGUGUGAGAUUGUAUGGGGAAAAUAUGAAACAACAGAUACAAUCUUGCUUAAAAUGUAUAUAGGAAGUGCAGUGUAAGCAAUGGAAGUCAAUCAAUGAAAUUUUAUUAUUAUUUUCAUAUCGUGAUAUUUGUAGAAUAAAUUUGGAAGAAAUUCUUCCAACUUUUCUUCUUUUUUCUUUAUUUUUUCUUCUUCUUUUUUCUUAUCUUAUUUUUCUCUCUUUUUUUCCUUUUUAUGUAUAUGUGCUUAUUUGAAGCGUACGUAUUUGCAGUGUUUUGCUUAUAUUUUGUAACAAUUAUGUUAAAUAUUUUUUUAAAAAAAAAUGAAAAAAACCAAAAGACAAGGAUCAGGCAAAUUUGUAGGGAGUGGAUAUAUUUUGAUUAACUGUGAGAGCAAAACGGAGCUUCUAGGUUCAAAACGGUAGACCUAUUAAUACCUGACUUUCAGGAUAAAUCACAGGGCUUGUUUUGCCCUCUGCACGUCUUGCUUGUGAACUUCCCAGAAGCACCUGGUUAGCCAAGGCUGACAAAGAAACGCUUCACCACUUUGCUUCUCUGGCUGAUCUAGCAAGGCAGCUCUUCAAACAAACUUAGCAGUCAAGGAGCUGCCUUUCAGAUGUAAAUAAAGCAACUCCCACCUCACGCUGUUGGUUCUUGCAUGCAGCAUUCUGGUAUGGUAGUUGGGUUCUCAGCCAAGAACCUGCUUGCGCACGCUGUAUCAGAGCAGUCAAAGUCAGCUGUGUCCAGGGAAGUAGCGUAAGCUCUUGCAGAUCAUUCUUUUGCAAGAUAGAUGGGGAUUUAAUGACUGCGUGGGACUGCACCGUUGUAAAUGGCUGACUAGCAUGCCAUAUGAGGGUUUUCAAACUUUCAGGAGCUACUUUUACUUGGUUUUAAAAUGACUUCUUUUGCUGUUUUUUCUCUUCCAGCAUCAAGCUUUUGGCUGUGCAGGAGCUGGUGGACAGAGAUGCACUGGAAAAGGUAUUUUCACCUGUUUGUAGAGCUUGCACACAUCUUUUCAAGCACAACUCUUCUUUUAGUUAAAGGAUUCCCUGUUUACUGUGAUUCAUAUAGUAUAGAUCCCCUUCACUUCAUACUACAUAUUGCACCAGAUAUAAUGCUAGUUGAGCAUGGUAAGGAUGGACUGCAGUGAUCUUUGGGCUUGUGUGGCCGCACCUCCUCCCACUUCUCUUUUGUGCAACUGUGAGAAGGAGUGUGGACAUUUCCUUUUCUGUUUUAGAUUUGCAGCAACUUGCGAUGUUGUCUGGACCUGAGCAAACUAACCAGUUUUAACUGUGGUUAGUGAAAACCUGCCAACUUGAAACUAUAGUUUAUGAAGCUGGCUUGUUUUAACAGACCAUGGUUAAGAUUAGCCACAGUUUAAGUUUCAGAUAACAUGUUACAUUCAUAGAAUUGUAGAGUUGGAAGGGACCACGAGGGUCAUCUAGUCCAACCCCCUCUAAUGCCCAACGUGGGGCUCGAAUCCAUGAACCUGAGAUUAAGAGUCUCAGGCUCUACCGACUGAGCUAUCCCAGCUGUUAAACUGUAGUUAAUCUAAAUUUCUAAUCUCCUUCUGAUAGCUGUGCCAGAUGGGAGGAGACAGUGCACAACCUCAAGGCUUGUUGAGACUUAUUGUUGUAGUGCUAAACCAUGGUUUAGCAUGACACCUGAAUGCAGUCAGUGCCAGAGGAAAUUUGGUUCAUUCUUAUGCCCCGUCCGAGUAUACCUGAAGGAGCAUCUCCACCCCCAUCGUUCUGCCCAGACACUGAGGUCCAGCUCCUAGGGCCUUCUGGUUCCCUCGUUGCGAGAAGCCAAGUUACAGGGAACCAGGCAGAGGGCCUUCUCGGUAGUGGCACCCGCCCUGUGGAACACACUCCCACCAGACGUCAAAGAGAAAAACAACUACCAGACUUUUAGAAGACAUCUGAAGGCAGCCCUGUUUAGGGAAGUUUUUAAUGUGUGAUAAACUAUUGUAUUUUAAUAUUCUGUUGGAAGCCGCCCAGAGUGGCUGGGGGAACCCAGCCAGAUGGGCGGGGUAAAGGUAAAGGGACCCCUGACCGUUAGGUCCAGUCGCAGACGACUCUGGGGUUGCGGCACUCCUUUCGCUUUAUUGGCUGAGGGAGCUGGCGUACAGCUUCCAGGUCACGUGGCCAGCACUAAGCCGCUUCUGGCGAACCAGAGCAGUGCACAGAAACACCGUUUACCUUCCUGCAGGAGUGGUACCUAUUUAUCUACUUGCACUUUGACGUGCUUUCAAACUGCUAGGUUGGCAUGAGCAGGGACCGAGCAACAGGAGCUCACCCCGCCGCGGGGAUUCAAACCGCCGACCUUCUGAUCAGCAAGUCCUAAGCUGUGUGGUUUAACCCACAGUAUAAAUAAUAAAUUAUUAUUAUUAUUAUUAUUAUUAUUAUUAUUAUUAUUAUUUGCUCUAAGGCAGCGUGUAAAAGAGUAAGAGUCUUCUGCUCUUCUUUCUCUUAACAUUCUCUGGUCUGCAAUUAUUAACUACAUGACUAUGUACUGUUCAUACAAGUUUUCAACAUGCUCACAGAAUCUUUGACAAUGCUGCACAGCAAACCACUUUUGAAAGUGAGCUGAGUUUCAGAGCUUGCGAUAUGACUGUGUUUGUGUGUUUGAGAGAGAGACAGAAGCAGACGGACAGAGGGAGAAACUCUCAUGUCUUUUCAGAUGGGGGGGGGGGCUUUAAAAAAUCCCCACUGGGUGCAUGUAACCCUUUGGGCAUGCCUAAAGCAAUUCUUUGGAUCCCUCUUCAGAUGCUACAGUACAAAAACUAGCUUUUCUCGAAGCUUCCUGAUUUCUGCAGCUUUCCGCAUUGUUGUGGGAAAUGUCCCACAAUUGCCUUGGGUCAUAGGAUGCCAUCCAGCCAGUCCUACUCUUUUAUAGCAGACCACCCUCCAUUUUCAUGUUUUCUUUUAGAAGUGUCUAUCUAUCAACAUAGCAUGGCAAGUGACCAUCUCAGUCCUCAUUAGGCCGUGGCUGCUGUUGUUUAGAGGGCACGGAGGGUGGUUCCUCAUGGGUUUUCGGUUGACAAAAUGUUCUAUUUCUGCAAACAUGGUUGUUCCUCUGAGCAUACUGCUAUCUCCCUUUCUCCCUCCCCACCUUUGUGGCCUCUUUUUUUGGAUGCCUUCCUGUUCACCCCCUGAGUUCACUAGAAGAAGGAGUGGCAUGAAAAUGUAUAUUCGUUUAUAUACGAACUGGGGUGUGCGCGCGCGUCUUUUGCAAAGUUUCGAAAACUUAUUUUCUAUCGUUUGGCUGGCUUUCUGUCCUUCGCCUAACAAAAUAUAGACAUAUGAAAACAAGUUUAGGAUGGAUGGAUUUCGCAGCUUCCUCGCUCUGAGAGAACAUUUCUUUCUCCCAUAUCUGGCAUGGAACAUAACAGAUUCGACAAAUGCGCUCUCAAUGGCUUUCUUGUCUCCCCGGCACAUCAACUUCCAUACAUUUCAGCCAGAUCAGUGUUUCAUCGUGAUUAAACCCAUUGUUAUCUUUGUUAGUCCUAAAUCACUUUCACAGCAAAGCAGACUGUUCAUGGGACGACUGUUAAGCAGAAGAGAGAGCUAUACCCUGCCCAAAUAACACUCCUCCUUUCUACGGACUCAAAAGUGCCAAAGCCCUGGCAGUUCUUUGAGAGAACAUGUAACUUUUUCUGCACACGCAGCAUGCUUGUGUGUAACGUAUAUAUUCAUGCACAGAUAAAUAACUUUGGGAAGGGGAACUGGUGCAUAGCAAGGCUUUAUUGCCACAAUAAUUGAUUUUUUUGCGGCUUUUCUUUAAAACUUAAAUGCACUGUACUUUUCUGUGUAUAAGACGUCCCCCCAUGAAAUUUCAGAAAAUGGGGGGAGAUGGCACAAAGUUGUUGAGCUUCUUUUGGGAAGGAUUGCCCAGAGUUUUUGAGCUUUGGGGAGGGGGGUGCCCAAAAUUUCUCACCUGCACGUGUCGACCAAUCAACAUCAACCAUUGACGCAGCAACCAAUGACACGCACCAUAGCCACUGACAGCCGCAGCAGCAACCAAUCAAACGUCCACCUUAUGCACUACCCAUGUAUAAGACGAUCCCCACUUUUUAGCAUGAUUUUAAAAGAUAAUAACAUAGUUUUAUACACGGAAAAGUAUGGUAGGUAUGAGUUAGCAUCUCCUAGCCACAGAAACCAUCUCCAUUCAACCCCACCUCUGCUUUUAAGUGCUUUCCCCCCACCCCCCAAGUGAUCACUGUCUUCUCUUUGGUCUUCCAACGACUCCUUUUUCUAAGAGUUCAUCAAGGCUAAAUGGAAUCAGAGCCAGCUGGAGCUAUCGACUCACAUAGCCAAAUCUGGACUUGGACUGCAUACACUCUAUACUUUUAAAGCACAUCUGAAGCAUACUCUUUCCCUCAAAGAAUUCUGGGCACUGCAGUUUUCCCUUCACAGAGUUACAGUGAACCAGCAACCCUCUGCAAAGUACAGUGCCCAUAAUUCGUUAAGGGAAGCAAUGUGCUUCCAGUGUUAUUUAAAGGAAUAAUGCAUACACAGCCUUGGAAAGUAUGUCCUCCCAGUUCAUCGCCCCUGAGGUCAGUGGCUGGAACUGACAACGACAUUUGCAGAAGCAAACAGGCAGAAGAAGCCAAUAGUUCUAACUGCUUUGGAGAGCCGUUGCCUGUCUGUCAGCCAGUUGUCCCAGCAGCACCUUUUACAGGAGCCUGACAAUUUUUCUCCUUUGUUGUGGGUGUUUCUGACCAAGCGGGUUUCACCGAGCGAGGCUGAAUCAUGUGUCUCAGGCUUAAUAAACUGGUGAAUGCCAAAUGCAAAAAAGCAAGAAAGAUAUGAAGCGGAAUCACAGUUGGCCGGAGAGCUCAAGUUGACUCGUUGCGUUAGGUUUCACUCACCUCACUAUGAGGGAAAUUAUACUGAAACUUUCAUUUGUCGGAAGCAAUUCUCAGUGAUACUUCCAGUCUAGGAUUUUCCUUUUUCCAGCCUUGUUUUGUGACCAUCUUUCACUCAGGAAGAACAAAAUGACUGAUUAGGCAGCUUCUCAGUCUUCUUCCUAUAUCUAUUAUAUUUAUAAUGCAGACAGGGUAUGUCGUGAAGAGAGAGCUUAAGGACAAGCCCAGGUUUGGACCAUAUGCUAAGCAAAAGCGUGGAUUAGCUUGGUGCAGGGUGGAAGUAAAAAGGACCCAGGAAGAGCGAAGAGGAGCCUAUACAGUUGCACCCUCCUGGUAAACAAUGGUUUGGCUUACUGUGCCAUGCCAACCAGAGGAGAAGUACUUUUUGCACGUAAUCUUGCAGCGUUGUGUUGCAUUGAAUGACCUUAAGUUCCAGUCUUAUUGUUGUAAACAAUAAAAAUCUGCCCUUUGCCCCUUAUUGGGUAUCCAAGAGCCCGUAUAGAGUCCUUACGUGGGUUCCCUAUUGGUAGGAGAAAAUAACUGAGGCCAACCAGAGAAUAUUGAGAAACAAAGCAGCUAGUAAGCCUGAUCUUUACUGAUCUGUUGCAACAGGGUGCUCCCCUCACAUGCAGGAAAGGAGGAGGACCUCGAACCAUGGCGCACAAGGCCUUAUAUAGGCCUUAUAUAGACAUUUUAAAUUCCCUGCCCUGGAGCUCAAGACCACCCCUCCAUACAUCGUACAUAUAUCACAGAAGGGGUGUAACCCAAGACCACCCCCCAGAAACAUCAUACCUAUAUCACAGAAAGGGGUGUAGCUCAAGACCACCCCCCAGAUACAUCAUGCCUACAUCACAGAAAGGGUGGUCUACAACAGAAAUCUGAGUGCAUUGUUUAUCUCCUGUCUGGCAGGUUAUCUGAUAAUGCCUUAUCUGAUUGCCUUUCCUGGUAGUCUUUUCCUGGUAGUCUGUUAUCCUUUGAAAUGGUGAUUACUAAAUUCCUGUAAUAAGGAAGGUGUUUUUUUUACCUCCUCCCUCCUUUCAGAGAAACAUUUGGUCAGCUUGGGAGUCAAAAUGGUUUCAGGACUGUCUUCCUGUGCCGCUUCAGACAUGUGGUUUAUAUAUUUAUGUACGUGUUUGCUUGGUACAUUUGUGAACAUUUAAUAUAUAUCUAAGACCUUAAAAUUCUUAUUACAUUAUGAACAAGGGAGAAAAUUUUCUUUCCAUCCACCUUCCCCAUAACAUGGAGGGGAAAAUUGCACUUCUACAAUUUCCUGACUUACUCACCGUUUUUCUAAACUAAAAGGCUCCCAGUAUAGUAACCACACAACAUAGCUUGUCCCUAGUUCAGCUGAGAUCUUAAAGAGUUGAACUUCCAACUUGUUCUUCAGCAGAUGACUGGCAUUAGCUCUGGAAUCCUUCCUCUUGUACCUAUCUGAGAAAGAGAGUGAGUUUUCCUGCAGAAAUUACAGAACAAAUUUUUAAAAAUUGCAGUACAUGAGAAAAACUUCAAAGUUUGCAAACAUUGCAAAUGCUCUCAUCAGCCUUGUGUAAUUCACUUAGCUUGCAUGUUCCGUCUAGCCAAGAUUAAUUGUUUAGUCAUCCAGCCAAAACUAACCGAAUGAGUACACAUUGUCUUUGAUUUCUGCAAUUUGCUGGUUUAUCAAAGUUGAAGCGAAUUGAAAUUAAUUAAACCCAGUUGACCCGAGGAAAUUGCAUCGUUGCAAAUGCCUACAUAAAUCUCCCACUUUUAAUUUAAGGCUUGAACCUCAAGACGUGUACAAGCAAAUAAAGAGUAAAGUCAGGUCAUAUUGACCUUCACUGCACCGGGCAUGACAAAUGCGAGGAUAUUAUAAGAGGACUGCCAUUGUGUGAUAUCAAGAGAAAACAUAGCCAUCUCUAGGCUCUUGUGUAUCUAGCAGUGAAAUAUCUUUCUUUAAUGACUUUCGAUGGUUGAUGGCUAUAAAAUAGCAAAGGCGUUUGACCUGCUUGGGUAAGAACUGGCGAAGAACACUUUGGCAUUUGGAAUAUAGCCAGCCAAGAAAACAAAAGUCUGUGCUUUCCAGCUGACUAGGAAAAAGCCAUCUUGGGAUGGAGAAAGGACCGUCAGCUUUUUCUUUUCUGAGAACUGCUUUAAUAGUCUAGAUAGGACUAAUCAAUAUUUUACUCUCCGGAUCCAAUGGGCUCCAUCUCAGACUCAGGUAGCCUGGCUAAUAAUCAGGGAGGGUGAGAUUUGCCAUCCAACCAGGGCACCACAUUGGCUGCGUCUGGUCUAAGUGGUCAAAGUCUUGUCCAUCUAGCCCCUUAUUGUCUACCAAGCCUGGCAGUGACCUUCCAAGGUCUUAAAGAUUGGAUAACGUAAGUCCGUGUGCAGAUACUUGCGGAUUUAUGGAUAUAUGUUUAUCAUUUGUUGUGUGUUUUCUCUUGUAGUUUGUUUUCAAAGUGCUGUGUGUGUGUGUGUGUGUGUGUUGUAAUAAUAAGCUGUUAAAAAGCAUUUACAAAAAAUAAAAUAAAUAAAAUAAAAGAGUUCUUAUGGGGCUGUUUUGAUUCCCUGCUCCCCGCAGCUUCCUUUGCCAUGGUUUUUUUUGGGGGGGGGCUAUUCCUACAAACUUUGAGGUUCCCCUGAAUCUGCCACUGCUUCUUGUGCAGGAGGGCUGCAGAUUUCACUUUGUCACAGCCGACAGUCUCUCCUGAAGUUCAGAAAUGUGUCAGCGAUGCUGAUCUGAACUGCUGCUGAGUGUAACUCCCAAGGAUGGCUAGCAUUGCCUCACAGAGUUCAGGAUGUGCCAAUAUGUGUCCCUGUAUCAUUUUCCCAAGAUGUUUUAUUUUAUUUUAUUUUUGGAGCCAUUAACAUUAGCACUGCAUGUCAAUUAUGGGCUAGGACAGAACAGACAACGCGUCUUUGUGGCAAGAACAUGUUUUCCUUUGUCGUUGUGUGUAAAGCACACUGUACGUUAAUGACAAUAUUCCAGUAAUCCUCAGCUUGGCUUGCAUCCUUACUUUCCUCCCACCAACAAAACACAGUUCAUGAAACUGCGCUUUUCAGCCUUUCUUUCUCUUUGCUCUGCGGACUCCUGUGCCUCCUUGAAAACCGACUUCUGAAAGUUGGGGGGCCCUUGGGAAUGGGGUGGAAUAUGCUGUGGGAAGGGCUUCAGGUGAAGGCAGGAGUUGGUGGAACCCCCCCCCCUUUACGUGAAUAAAGGAGCAAUUUAGGAUCCAGGUCUAUAUUUUUUAUAAAUUGGUAGCUUUUGGUUCAUCGUAAACCCGUUCCUGGUGAUCAGACUUAAGAAGAGAGGUGGCCUUGGUUUAUGUUGCCAGAAAUGGGUGCUAGGAGUAUAGUGGCUAACAUUUAUCACUGACUGCUCUUGACUUAACUGAGAAUCCCAUUUUUGAGCCCAAUUGGGAAUAUUCAAUAUGCUAGCAGCCAGCUCUUUUAAAAAAGGAUUGGGUGGGAUGUUCAGAGAGCAUGAGCCUGGACUGAAACACUUGGGAGACUAGCCAGCUCCCCUUUCUAUGGAGAUGGCAUUCAUUUUUAUUUUUAUUUUAAAUAACAGACUCUUUAUUCUUCGGCUUGUUCUGACUGUGGAGGCUGCCUCACAAUCCUCAGUCUGGCAUUCUACCUGGCAUAAAGCAGCGCCGCUUCACUGAAAAACUGUAGAGUUAGAAUCAUAGAAUCAUAGAAUCAUAGAAUCCUAGAGUUGGAAGAGACCACAAGGGCCAUCGAGUCCAACCCCCUGCCAAGCAGGAAACACCAUCAGAGCACUCCUGACAUAUGGUUGUCAAGCCUCAGCUUAAAGACCUCCAAAGAAGGAGACUCCACCACACUCCUUGGCAGCAAAUUCCACUGUCGAACAGCUCUUACUGUCAGGAAGUUCUUCCUAAUGUUUAGGUGGAAUCUUCUUUCUUGUAGUUUGGAUCCAUUGCUCCGUGUCCGCUUCUCUGGAGCAGCAGAAAACAAUCUUUCUCCCUCCUCUAUGUGACAUCCUUUUAUAUACUGGAACAUGGCUAUCAUAUCACCCCUUAACCUCCUCUUCUCCAGGCUAAACAUGCCCAGCUCCCUUAGCCGUUCCUCAUAAGGCAUCGUUUCCAGGCCUUUGACCAUUUUGGUUGCCCUCCUCUGGACACGUUCCAGUUUGUCAGUGUCCUUCUUGAACUGUGGUGCCCAGAACUGGACACAGUACUCCAGGUGAGGUCUGACCAGAGCAGAAUACAGUGGCACUAUUACUUCCCUUGAUCUAGAUGCUAUACUCCUAUUGAUGCAGCCCAGAAUUGCAUUGGCUUUUUAGCUGCCGCGUCACACUGUUGGCUCAUGUCAAGUUUGUGGUCAACCAAGACUCCUAGAUCCUUUUCACAUGUACUGCUCUCAAGUCAGGUGUCACCCAUCUUAUAUUUGUGCCUCUCAUUUUUUUUGCCCAAGUGCAAUACUUUACAUUUCUCCCUGUUAAAAUUCAUCUUGUUUGUUUUGGCCCAGUUCUCUAAUCUGUCAAGGUCGUUUUGAAGUGUGAUCCUGUCCUCUGGGGUGUUAGCCACCCCUCCCAGUUUGGUGUCAUCUGCAAAUUUGAUCAGGAUGCCCUUGAGUCCAUCAUCCAAGUCGUUGAUAAAGAUGUUGAAUAAGACCGGCCCAAGACAGAACCCUGUGGCACCCCACUAGUCACUCUUCUCCAGGAUGAAGAGGAACCAUUGAUGAGCACCCUUUGGGUUUGGUCAGUCAGCCAGUUACAAAUCCACUGAGUGGUAGCAUAGUCAAGACCGCAUUUUACCAGCUUCUUUACAAGUUGCCUUUGCCUUUGCAGUUUUAUUCUUCUCCCCAGUGUUUUGAAUUUUGUUGAAUCGGGGUUUUUUUAUUAAAAAACCCCUGAUGCUGAUGCUCUUGCUGUGAAGCCUUUCUUCCUUCCCCGCUUCCCUGUAGCUUUUUCUGACCCCUACAUUUGUUACACCUAUUUAUUUUCCUUAAACAUUUUGGCCUCCUGUUAAUUUGCAAAUCGAGGCAAUUUCAAAGGCUUUCCAUUUGCUUUCAAUGUGAAGGUCUGCAAUGCCGAACGUAAGAUAGCAAUGCUGACAAAAUUGCGCAUGGAGAAAAGGGAUGUGAGCCAGCUAAAAAAUGAAGCUUUUGGGAAUAUUCUUCACCAGGUAGCCUGGGUUAAUCGUCUCCUCUCUCACAAGAUAUGUCUCCCCAUAUGUAAUGGCUGUUAUUUGUUUGCUUGGUCCCUUUAUAGUUUUGCAUGGAGUUGAACCAGCCAACCCUGCCCAACAUCCGGAAAUGGAAGGGCCCUCGAGGAUGCUGGAAGACAGCGGUUUCGGAGAAGCCCUCAGGCCAGCCUCACAAGGUACCGUAUUUUUCUCUCCAUAAGGCGCACCGGGCCAUAAGGCGCACCUAGUUUUUAGAGGGGGAAAUCAAGAAAAAAAAUUAUUUCCCCCCCAGCCCCAAAGAGCAGCGGACAGGCUGCGCGCAGCCUGUCCACUUCUCCCAGAGCUUCUCAGGGCUGCUGGGGGAAGCCUGGGUUCCCCCCUCCAGCCCCAAAGAGCAAAGGAACCAUCCCGCUGGCUGUCUUGACUUGUGUCUUGGUGGCUAUCCCUGAAGCCUUCAGAGCACAGCGUGAGUUCCCGCUGAGCUCUGUAGGCUUCGGGUUCCUUUCGCUGAAGCCAGGAGAGUCUUGCUCUCCCGGCUUCAGUGAAGGAACCUGAAGCUUGCGGAGCGCAGCGGGAACUCACGCUGCGCUCCGAAGGCUUAAGGCGGCUAUCCCUGAAGCCUGGAGAGCAAGAGGGGUCGGUGCACACUGACCCCUCUCACUCUCCAGGCUUCAGCGAAAGCAACACAAAGCCUCCGGAGCGUGGUGGGAGCCCUCCCUCUGCGCUUCGGAGGCUUCCCGUUGCUAUCGCUGAAGCCAAGGAGCCUGCAUUCACUCCAUAGGAUGCACACACAUUUCCCCUUAAUUUUUGGAGGGGGAAAAGUGCAUCCUAUAGGACGAAAAAUACGGUACUCUAGUCUGCAUGCCGUGACCUUUCCACAACAUUGUGUUUUUGUCCAGCUGAGGACAUAGCUACCCCUUGUUUUGAGCAAAAAGCUUCUACGGUUUUGGUUUUUGCCAAGGACUGCAUUUCAGUUCUGCUUUGAGCUGACUACUCAUAACUGGCUUUUCUCCUGGACCUUGUUAUUGAUUUUGGAAAUGCUUAUUUCUGUCCGACUGCAGCAGAUUUUGUGCCAGGAAAGCAAAGAGUUUUAUUGUCAAUGCAUUUUAAAUAUAAAAUGUAUUUGUGCGUAUAAUGUCCCUGCUAGCCACAAACCCAGACAGUAUAUUUAUUUGUUUAUGGGUUUUGAAACGACUAAUCUAGUGGCUCACUGACAAUGUGAAAACAACUAUUAAAAAGUACCUGCACAUAGGAGGAUAUCCUGUUGAAUUGUAAAGAUAACAUUAUAAAUAUGUGGUAUCCUUUUGGAGAUGGUAAUAAAAGCAUACAUUUACACACACAAAAACACCCAGCACCCUGAUCAGAUGUAAGCACUCUCCUACUCAGAGUAGACCCAUUGAGGUUAAUAGAUACAGCUAAUGUAGGUCCAUGAAUUUAAAUGGGUCUACUAAGAGUAGAUACCACCCACACUCAUACAAAUUCAGUUUUGCUGUGUUGUACAUGGAUUCAGCUAUGGAUGCCCAAAUAAUACUUGCAUUGGACCACAUUGCUGUCAAUUCAGUUCAUUUUUGGAAACUCAUUGUUGAGCGGGCUGAGGGGAAAGGACAGGAUCAGAGUGUGAGUGGAUCUAUAUAUUUUUGAAUAUUGGAUUGUCUUUCUUUUGCCUCUCAGUGCGUCGAAUAUUCUGGCUUCCUGUGGGACACAACAGCAGGGGUAGAGUUGAAGGAUGCCAUCUCCCAUGAGAACCCCCCCACGAAUGGCAACGGGAGGCAGACGUAUCCUCACCCUUAUGUUGCACAUUUCAAGGUAACGGUGCGCAAAAGUUCUUGAGUGAAAGAAAUCGAGAGCAUGGGCAUGUUCUCAGUUGUAUUACAUCCUUGAGGGAGGAUUCAAGCGCCAUGCUUGGUCAAAGGUCUGUCAACGCAAGCCAAGGGCGGCACAUCCUGUUUCACCGCUUGAGGCAAAACAGGAAGUGCCGUCACUGCCGCAUCCCAUACCUGGGUUGCGCCAUGGCAGCAGGUUCCAUUGAGAUCUCACAUGAUUUCUGUGAGAUCUCACAAGAUCUCGCCAGAAAUCGGUGCCAAUGCUGGAGAAUGGAGAUCGUUAUUAGUAUACAGUGGCACCUCGGUUUAAGAACAGUCCUGUGUAAGAAAGAUUCGUUUUACAAAUUCCACAAAACCGGAAAUAGUGUCCUGGUUUGAGAACUUUACCUCGGUCUAAGAAUGGAAUCCGAACGGUGGAAGGGCACCAGCGGGAGGCUUCAGUAGGGAAAGUGCGCCUCGGUUUAAGAACGGUUUCGGUUUAAGAACGGACUUCCGGAACAGAUUAAGUUCAUAAACCAAGGUACCACUGUAUAUCAUUUCUCAUAUAUAUACAAACAGAACAACCAUUUACUUUUGAUUGCGUAAUAAUACACUUGUCUCUUUGUACAUAUGGGAUGGUCAUCUUGAUAGUCACUGCUGAUGGGUGAAUGUGAAUAAGGGAAUGUUCUUUAAAGGUGCCGUGUUUGAAGUUUGGCAUCGAUGUCAGAGGGCGUCUUUCUUAAGGCAACAAAUCUGGGUUAUUCAAAGGUGUGUGCAUGUCAUAACUGGGCACAAAAAGCAGUUUUCUUGAAACUUAGAUGACAAAGUUUUGUGGCUGCCGACACUCUUGCCGCAUUUCCUUCAAGACAUUUUAUGUAGUAAGCAACAAAUAAACGUAAUUAAUACUAACACAUUGCUUGCACCCCUCCAGGUCGGACUGAAUGACCUAACUCUGGUUAACCUUCAUCUGACUCCUUUGCCCUCAGUGGGAGAAAAUGCUGUGAAAAACCACGAUAGUCAUAAAUUAGCAGCCUUUGCACAGACGCUGCAGGAAACACUGAAAGGUAAGGCCAUGUUUUUCUUCAGCGUCAACCAGUUUGCUUAAAAACAAUAAAAACUAGCAGAUGGGACUCUUCAUCUACUUAAGCUUCAAUCUGCACACACUUACCUGUUAAGUGGGAUUUAUUUUUGAGUAGAUAAGCACAGAAUUGCACUGUUUAUUUUCAAAAGCUGUGUCAGUUCUCAGCCCCAGUAGUUCCUUGGCGAGGGGUGCUUCUAUGACGCAAGGCCCUUUAGAAGUUGCCCAUUUGCAGGCUGGAUCCAAACCGCCCCUGCAAUCAGCCGUUUUACCUUUUGCAGGCUGGCUUUGUAGGGAAUACCUAAAGGUAAAGGGACCCCUGACAGUUAAGUCCAGUCGCGAACGACUCUGGGGUUGCAGCACUCUUCUCGCUUUACUGGCUGAGGGAGCUGGCGUUUGUCCGCUUUCGCAGACAGUUUUUCUGGGUCAGGUGGGCAGCAUGACUAAGCCACUUCUGGUGAAACCAGAGCAGUGUAUGGAGAUACCGUUUACCUUCCCGCUGGAGUGGUACCUAUUUAUCUACUUGCACUUUGAUGUGCUUUCAAACUGCUAGGUUGGCAGGAGCAGGGACCGAACAAUGGGAGCUCACCCUGUCGCGGGGAUUCGAACCGCCAACCACCUGAUCAGCAAGCCCUAGGCUCUGUGGUUUAAUCCACAGCGCCACCCACGUCCCUGGGAAUACCCAGGAGAUGACAUUUUGGCAUCCUCAGAAGACCUACAUCAAGUAGACUGGUAUACAUUUUAGUCAAUUCAUUGAUUAAAUGUGCAUAAAAUUUGAAUAUGGGAAGGAACAGUUGUUCAAAAAAAAAAAGUUGUAUUCCUUUUUAGAUGGCAAACCCAUGUGUCUUAGGAGGCAUCAUUUUUAAAAUAGCAUCCCCCUGGUGUUAGGGAAAAGGUAGAAUGGUAUUUCAAAAUGGUGCUUGUCAGUGACAGUUCUGAUAAGCAUUUGCAUUUAAACUAUUCCUUUUUUUAAAACCUUAAAUCUGCUAAGUUAGAUGCAGAUAGCUUCUGGGAAGCCAUCCUGAUUUCACCUUAGUUAAUGUAUCCCUUGUGCCUCUGUUGGGGGACAGGAGUGACCAGCACUUUUGUUUACUGUUUAACAAAGGCCAAAAAUGUUGGAUGACUUAGCUCCAUUUUCCAAGGUCAGCAGCUUAAAAUAUUCUGAAUCAACACCCAUCUCCAGUUUCAGAAGAGGUGUGUGAAGAGUACAGCUAACAAAUACUCAACUUGUCAUUUUUGUUUUGAGUUACGAGGCAUCAAAUGUGUUUUCCUGGAUUUGAUUACCCUGUUGUGAGAUUUUUUUAACGGGGAGGGGAAGUAUAGAAAGUUCUGCAGAUCUGAUUUGGACUCAGCAGUACUUUGAAAGACUGGAGCUGAAAUCAAGUACGCUGCGUCACAAUUUAAUUAGUGCCUAACUCCAUUGGUGUUGUUUUGUGUGUGUUUUUAACAUUUAUUUUAAAGUUAGAAAACAGCUUCCAGAGUUGUUUUUCUCUUCUCCAUUAGGCAAGUAUUGAUUUCUUUCUGGUUCAAAUGGAGUUGAAAAUAGUAAUGUCCUUUCUGUUAAAUGGAAGCACUCUCAAGCAACAUUCUGAGGUCUGUGAGGUUUUCAACGCUGUCCAAAGUGUAUUUACUCAGAAGGAAGUUGCACUGACUUCUGUGGUGCUUAGUACGAUGGUGAAAAUGUAAAGUUGCAUUUUCAAGUCGUCAUCCCCCACCCAAGAGCCGUAGUCAAAUUUAUUUGUAUUCCGCGGACCUUCAGUUUCCAAAAGCAAAAUGUUUGAUUCCAUACAGUGAGGGCAAUUUAUAAAAAGUGCACUGUAGUAACACGCGUGGUACAAUUUCUAACUCUUCACUAUAACACAGACAUACAUGUUUCAGAUCUGGAAUGCGGUUAAAUCUUGAAAUUAAAUAAAAUUAUUUAAAUAGCUGAGGGGAGAACAUUGAAACGAGUUAGCGUAAAUGCUUUCCUGUUUUCACAUUCCCAGGGCAGGGUGGUUGCUCCCACUUUCAUGGCUGCUCCCCACUGUGGACGUAGCCAGGAUUUUGGGGGGGCCAAAGUUGUUCAGCAUUUUUUAGGCAAUCAAAGUUGUUGAGCUCUUCUUGGGAAAUCACAGGUAAAAGUAGACCACCUGCUGGGGGUGGUGAUCCAGAACCUCAGAUAAUUUAGCACUUUCAAUGCUUUUCAAUAAUAUUUGUGGAUCGGGGGGGCAUCUACCCCCUGCACCCCCCUUGGGCCCUUGCCCCCCACCCCCUGCUAUUCUGGCUAAUGUCUAAAUAUUCCACCCAUCUGAUUGGGUCACAUAAUACAUUUAUGCACCACAAAGCCACCUCUCCUUCUGUCAGCCAGGUGUAUCAGUUUGGCCACAUUGGCUGUUACUAAGAGCCAGCCCAGCUGCAUCGAGAUCUGAUCAAAUAUUAUGGAGCUGAUCCCAAUCAGUGACCAGGGAAGAGGAACCACAUCUUUUUUUCUAAACUGAUUAGUCUCAUACACCGUCGAAGAACUCUGUAUUUCACCCACCUCCAAGUCCAAUGAAGGCAAGCCUUACCCUGAGACCUUACCCUGAGACCCCAUUGUAGGGGAGCAUCAAGAACUUCAACGGUCUAAUCCAGGCAUAGGCAAACUUGGCCCUCCAGAUGUUUUGGGACUACAAUUCCCAUCAUCCCUGACCACUGGUCCUGUUAGCUAGGGAUGAUGGGAGUUGUAGUCCCAAAACAUCUGGAGGGCCGAGUUUGCCUAUGCAUGGUCUAAUCUGACAGCCCAGAGAGAUGGGAUCUCUUUUUUGGGGUCCCCAAGGAUGACGUGGUACCUUGGAAAACAAAUACUUUUAUGUUGCUUGAUUACUUCCACACACGUUACAUGCCUCAUGUUGGAUGUGGAGUUGCUAUUGUCAAAUGGUGUGCAUGGUUAAGAGUUAGGAAGAGCCGUACUUUUUUAGGGGGUGGUACUUAAGGGAUGUCGGUGGCGCUGUGGGUUAAACCACAGAGCCUAGGACUUGCUGAUCAGAAGGUCGGUGGUUUGAAUCCCUGCGACGGGGUGAGCUCCCAUUGCUCAGUCCCUGCUCCUGCCAACCUAGCAGUUUGAAAGCACAUCAAAGUACAAGUAGAUAAAUAGGUACCGCUCUGGCGGGAAGGUAAACGGCGUUUCCGUGCGCUGCUCUGGUUCGCCAGAAGCGGCUUAGUCAUGCUGGCCACAUGACCCGGAAGCUGUACGCCGGCUCCUUCGGCCAAUAAAUCGAGAUGAGCGCCACAACCCCAGAGUCGGCCACAACUGGACCUAAUGGUCAGGGGUCCUUUUACCUAUACUUAUGGCUACAAUGUACCAGCAGCUCCCCCCCCCCAAAAAAAAUGUUUAAAGUGUGACACUUACUGUAACAAAUUAAUGCUGAGUCCCAGCACUUUUUUUCUUUAAAACAAUAAAAAAAAGACUGAGGAGGAGCCAACCUAAGAUGAAAUGAUGGGUGCCCUAUAGCCUGUGAGGGUUCAAUGGGCAAUGGGUGCAUGUCUUUUGAAAACCGCUAUGAGCCUGCACUUUUCAUUUAACUUCUUUGUGAUAUUUACAAGACUGUGUUGUGACAAUAGGAUAUAUACCAGACCAUGUGAUAUUGACGAAACUCUUACCUACUGGUCCUUAGUCAAAUACUGAUUUCUUUUUUCUUAGUCCACGUCCCCCCACCCCCCGGCUUCACCCAUCGAUCUUACUCUGUCAUAGGAUAAUUUUGGGUGAAUAUUUACGUUGGAAGAUUAGACUAGAGAAGCCCAACCGUAUUGGAAAGAACAGUUAAAUCUCAUGUGGCAAUCGCAUACCUGUCAGAAAUAAAACGAGCGUCGUAAUGCCUUUGUAGCAAGUAUAGCAUGAGCGCACUUGGAAUACGGUGGACGGUUCCAGCCACUGUGUCUCAGUAAUGAUAUUUAGAGCUGAAAAAGAUUCAGGAAAGGAUAACCCAAAGGAGUGCAGUGUAAGGCUAUCUGUGGUUUGUAAUUAUGACUGUGUACGGCCUGCAGGAACAGAGGCGGGAUGCAGGGAGGGGAGUUGUCCUACCGUUUCUGGACUUCUCAUAGACAUUUCGUUGGCCUCUGUGGGCAGAGGGAUGCAAGCCUCGGUUUAGGUUUGGUUGCAUUCAGCAGGGAUUUUUGUACAUUCUUCUUAUUUCACAGCAUGCACCCCAUGCACCCAGAGAGGUGUGUUUUGCCACCUGUAGAAAUCUGAAUAGGGUUUGCAUGCUUCCCGCCUGCACAGAAAUGCAAUCGGUGUAGGAAGUUUCUGCAUUUGAAGCAGCUCUGCUAGGUUGCAAUGGCAAGGCUGUGCUCUUGGAAUACUAGAUAGUGCUGUUGAGUAGGAGCACCCUCUGCUGGCUGAAGGCCUGCAUAGCAGCAGAAACGUAGGAAGCUGCCUUGAACUAAGCUCAGUAUGUCCUGGCUUCUCUGACUGGCAGCAGGUGGCUGCAGAAACAGGCUGGCAGCCGUCUUUCCCCUGCCCUAUGGGGGGAUGCUAGAGCUUGAACCAGGCGCCUUCUGUGUGCCAAGCAGCUGUUCUCAGCGCUGAGCUACAGCCCUUCAUCCUAACUCCCCCUGUAGCCUUAUGAAUCAACAGGAGAUAUUCUAAAAAUAUAUCCUGCUCAAAAAGCAAUAAAUUUCCUCCGAAACAGGCACCUAAUAGUCUUUGCCACCUGGUAUCAUGCGAGCAAAAGUCAGCAUUUGAAUUGCGUGGGUGCAUUUCACAAUGUACAGUAUUACGGAUUCUUAGCAUGUUAAUUAGGGACGUUCAUUGAAUUUUGAGGCUCUGGUUUUUGUCAGCACGGCAUCCUUAUUGAGCUUGUCGUUUGGAGUUGUCUGGGAGCUGAGCAUGAGGCAGAAGGCCAGCGCUGUCAACUCCGAGAACAAAUAAAGAAACUCGGAGGGGGGAAAGAGGGUUGGCAACAGAUUAUACGGAAAGAUCAAGUUUAAACAAAGCAGGCUCACUUAGAAUUCAGCCGCAGUGUUGCAGUUGGAGGAACGGAGUUAUACACAGAAAUUUAGCAAAGAUAUAUCCUGUCGAAAUCUAAAGGCAAAAUAAGUAUAAAAUGAUAUACCAAAGGUAUUUAGUUAUAGGAAGCUUACAAAUAUUUAUGACAACGUUGUUUUAAGCAUUGAAGAAGUAGCUACUAGAAAGUUGACUCUUAAACGUCUUCAAUGGGUGGUGCUCCUUUGGAGGGAAUUUUUAAAAAUAUGUAUUCUCUAUAUGGUCACAUGGGACACCAUAAAUUGAAACAGGAGGGUUGAGCCACAGGGGUUGCAAUCCAAUACCCACCUUCCAGGGAGGAAGCCCCAUAAAGCUUAAUGGGACUACUUUUGAGUAGAUUGCACUGUUGGGAUGACGUGUGUGUGUGUGUGUGUGUGUGUGUGUCUGUCUGUCUGUCUUAAAAAUACAGGGGCUUGUUGGGCAAUUGAUCAACUGACAUACCGUAUUUCAGCAGAUCUUUGUCAAGAGCUAUGGGACACUUGGGAGGUCUGCAACCACUGUAGAUGUGAACGCCCCACUGAAGCAGGGCCUUCAGUGUAGCUGCCCCUGUUCUGUGGAGCAGCAUUGCUGUCAGGAAGUGACAGGUGCCCAAUAUCUGUACUUUCCUGAAAGGACAUUUUUGCCCCCACAGGCUUUCCCAGGUGGACAAAUAGGCCUCUGCCAUGAGUGUCCGCAGUGUCUUCGUUUUUAAAUCCACCUUCUGUUACUUUUUGCGCUGUCAUUAACUGCUUCUUGGCUGUUUUUCAUUAUAUUUGGUACAUCGCCUUCAGACCUACGUGGAAUAUGAUUAAUACGUAACAACAGCAGGCUAAAAGCCGGAGGUCUUGCUGGGGGGAAAGGUAGAUUUUGUGGAGAGAUCUGGUGGAUGAGUUGGUGACCUUACACCCACAGUCACAGAAGAAGUUUCAUGCUCAGGGGAGCAACACGAAAAAAGGGGCAGAGUUGGAGAGACCUUUGAGCAGUUGAGGGUGGAAGAAUAAGAGAAGGGGAGGGUAUUUUGUGGGCCAGGCGUGGGAAAUCUGUUGGACUCCAGCAGACCCAACCAGCAUUGCCCAGUGGUCAGGGCUGGUGGAAGUUCAGCAGCACCCAGAAGGCCACAACCUCCCCACUCCUGUUGUAGGCCUAGGAACCCAGAGAUCGAGCAACCCUUAACAGAGUCUGAGGAAUAAAGGUCCUGGACCAAGGAUACAGCCGCUUUCUUGACAUGCUCCACAAUCCUAUCACUUAACUCUUUCUGUAUUUAUUUUUGCUCUCCGCACUCCUAGGAGAAAAAGACAUGAUCAUUUUAGGUGACUUCAGUCAAGCCCCCGACAGUGGCGACCACGACCUCUUGAGGAAGGAGAAGUUCCAUCCUUUGGUCCCUGCCAGCACAUUUACAAACAUCAGCACAAAGAACCCUCAGGGCUCCAAAUCCGUGGAUAACAUCUGGAUCAGCCGUAGCUUGAAAAAGGUUUUCACUGGUAAGGUUUCAUUUUGGGAGGAAGUUUAAAAUAUCAAGCUUUUAUUUUUUGAAAAUACCUUACUGUUUAUGACAAAACGUUGUCUGUGGCUUGUUAAGUGGCAAAUUUCAUGUCAACUUCUCCUAGCCUAUUUUACACUUUACAAGCGACAUACACAAUGUUCAUUAUUAGUGUAUGUUCACAGAGUUUGAUCUGUGUUUGUUGGAGUAAACAUAUGAAGCAGAGAUGGGUCUCUUUAUAAAAAUAAUGCACACACAGCUGGGAUCUGCAACUCAUCCCAGCUCCUCUGGGUCUGUUUCUACAUAUUUCCCCAUGUUUGCAGAUCCACAUCUCUCCUUCUUAAUUUACACAUUUACCUUUGUCAAGACUUCCUUCAGGGCCACAAAGAUUAGAAAUGUAGCUUUUAAGGGUGCCUAGAAAUGUACUAUUUCCUCUUGAUUUUUAAAGAAAUGCAUUAGCUGCCUUUAGGAGAUGCCUUUAUAGGCAGAAGAAACAGUGAUACACUCAUUUUUUGGGGUUGGUUUUUUAUUUUCUAUCACUUUAUGAUCUUCUUCUGAAUGCAUGAGCAGUUUUCACGCGUCUCCUCGUGGUGCUCUGAGGAACUAGUUAGAUGCAAAGCCAUUAGAUUCUCUAAAAGAAGGUCAACAUUCAUAUUCAAGACCCUUUGCUUUGUGCCAUUGGUGGUUUCCCCCAAGUAUUCACACCCAUCUUUCUCCCCUGUAAACUUUUCUUUACACAGGUCAUUGGGCAGUUGUGAGAGAAGGUCUUACGAACCCCUGGAUCCCUGAUAACUGGUCGUGGGGUGGAGUUGCAUCAAGUCACUGCCCUGUGCUAGCUGAAUUUUACACCGAGAGGGACUGGAACAGAAAGGAGAUCACACGGAACGGAAACGGCGUGAUAGUGGAAUGCAGCGACUCAAAUGCUAAACAUGAGCGAUGAUGAAAGAAAAUGCAAACCAUGCCCUUACCUAGAAGGGAUGGUCAGAAGAUCCCUUUGCUCAAGGCCUGACAGUGAACCAGAACUGCCUUUUUUCUCAUUUAAAAAGAAUCAGCUUCUGCUUUUAACAUCUCCCUUUUCCAUUCCCACCUCUGUGUCCCUUAAUGGAUGUUUUAGGGUAUCCCAUCUUUUGUGUUUUGUGACUUUUUAAGGGGACUUGGUGGACACGGAUGUGCUUGGAUACCUGACAACUCCAAAUAAAAUGCACUUUUUAAUACUGUACAGUCAUGAUCUCCC